AACGAGCUCAGCUCAACAAAGUCAUUGCUCUCUGAACAGUGUGUGAGAGGAGACCAGGAGAGGGGAAAUGCAAUCUCAGAACUUGACUGCCAAAGCUUAGCACCACAGAGCAACAGUUGUGGGUGGGGGCAAAACAACAGCAAAAGAGGCUUUCAGACAAAAGCCUGGCGGGGUGGGGGGGGGGGGAGAAACAUAACUGAGAGGCUGUACCUCCUGUUUCUUCUGCGUGGUAUUUCUCUUAACAGGAACUACGUUCCUCUUCUGCUCUCUUCCCUAUUUCCUGCAUUACUUCAGUCACUGAUAGAUCUAGAAAGCAAGCAAGGGGAAGCUUCUGUCUUUGUGUUCUUCUGGGCCUGAUUAAUACCUUCAGUCUUGGUCAUGCAAGCUAGAUUCCUGAAGCCUUCCAAGAGCACAGUGUCUUUGUAAAAGGAAGGCAACUCGGUCUUCUCUUCCACUUGGCAGGUAAGACUGAAUUGACUUCUCCAGUGGAGUUUUUCAUUGAGAAUGAUUGUUUUUGCUUCUUGUUUGUGAAUGUUCCCUUGGUUCUUUUGUGUGUGUGUGUGUGUGUGUGUGUGUGUGUGUGUGCCUUCUGUGCUUCACAUUCUGCUUAAUAUGGAAAGUUGAGAAGAGAGACACUCUCUUUACAAAAAAAAGAGAAGAUAAAAAGACUGUCUUUUUUUGCUUUUAUCAGUACAGGAAAAUUGUCACGUUCUUUUACGCUAUCUGUCAAACUAGCAAGGCUAAUAGCAACAUUCUAAAACCAUAAUAGGACAGGAGAUGGGAUAUGGAGGCAUGGAAUAUAACAAAGGCAUCAGCUAUGUUUGUGUAAGCACAUGCUGUCAGAAGGCACAUUAAGAUUGGGGUUUUAUUUUAAGAAGACUGGCUGGGGCUAGUAUCACAACAGCUAUAAAACCUAGUAAUGAAGACUGGCUGGUCAGCAGGAUGAAGUAGGCAUGCUGUGAUAUUCUGAAUUAAUUGUGAGGCUCUUGUCUGAUGCUUUCUAGCUCACCUAUCUAUUUUUCACAAGCCUGUAAGUGCUUUUGUACACCUGGUACAUUUUGUUCUGCCCUUUUGACAAUAGUCCUAAGUCUUGCUGCUGCUAUCGAGAAUAUCUAUCUUAUUAAAUCACAGUCCGAAUGUUUACUCUCUGUGAAUAACUCCAUGAGCAUUCAUAAACAGGAUAUUUUUGGACAUAACAAUGUCAGGAUUUAUUUAAGUAUAAAUAUAUCUUUACAGAGAACUGACCAUUCAAAAUGUUACCACGUUGCUAGAACCCACAUUCUAUUUUUUACUAUGACAAAAAAUAAUCCAGUUAUAAAAACAUUUACUUCCAGAGUACAUGGAACUUACUUCCAUGCAACUGAUAGUACUCUGUAAAAAUAUGUUUAUCAUAUUUUAUUUUGUGUUUUUGCAUUUUAUCUUCUUUUUGUAAACCACACUGAAAACUUAGUUGAAGCAUAUAAACCCUGGAAAUAAGUAAUGGAACAAUUGUGUUUAAGAACCGCAACUUGAUAGGAUUGUAUACCCAUAUGACCACACCUAUCUAACUAUUAACUGCCUAAAACCAGCUAACAACAGAAAAAUCAGGCAAACAAAUAAAUGCAAGAAUAAUUCAUAACUUGUUGGAAAGUGUUGACAUUUACCUGAAAUACUUCCUGUUUCUUAAAAAAGAUUUUUCUAGUAAUAAAAGAAUGCAGUAACAGAAUUUUCUGUUGUGUGCCCAAUGCAGAUCAUUUGUUCAGUCCUAAGAAUAUAUAAUUUGUUGCUUUAUUUAACUAUCUAAAGAAAUAAAAUGACAAUCUGAUAUUUCAAUCAUUAACACAUCUAGUCUGAAUUCCAUCCCAGCAAUUAAAUGACAUCUUAGUGCCAUGAUCCUAAAUUCUCUUACUGGGAAGUUUCUAGUAAGUAGACUUAGGAUCAUGACACUAAGUUACGAUUCAAAAGUGGUUAUUUUUGUUUAUGGGUAUAAAUUAUGGCUGAUAAUGUAACUGCUAAGAAAACAGUGGAAAUGAAACAGUAAGAAUGAGACACAUUUCCAAAGAGUCAUGAGAAAAGUACUGUGCAUUAUUUAUUUUCCAGAGAUGUAUCAAUUGAAUAUUUAGAACCAAGAUGAUCUACAGUGCCUAUUCAUGGUCUUGGUUUCUCUUCUUGUCAGUAUGUUUAGGAACGCAUGCAGCUGUCUGUCUCUUUCUUCUAGUGCAUGCCUUAGGCCUGCCCUAAUAGGAACUAUGACACACCUACUCCCAACCCAAUAAAUAAUCAACUUCCACCCUUCAGCACCAGGAACAAAACUUUCAUCCAUCCAUAUGGAACAGGUCAGCCAUGUUGAUAUGUAUCUAUUCCUUAAAGAAUACUGGCUAGCACCUGCAAGGGAAACUUUUUCUUUUCAAUACUGCUCUUUUGUGUGAAUGCAUUUCUCUGCAAAAGAGCUGUUUUAAUUGUAAAAAUUGAAAUACCAUAAAUGUGCCUUAGAAGCUGAUUGUGGGGAAAGGCAGACUGUAGCCUUUUCUCAUCUGCAUGUUUCCAUUGGGAGGAGCAUAGAAAGAGGAUGAUGUCAAGGAGGUUUAACAAACUGAAGGACACCCGUCCUCUUUCUAUGCAUCUCCUGUACUCCUGUGGAGCUUUUUAAAGGAUUUCCUAAUGAAAGGUCAACAACUUUGAUUUCCUAAAAAAAUCUUAACUUUGGCUGCCCCCCCCCCAAAUCCUGGCUACGCCCAUGCUAGCAAAUAUCAACCGUGAUGGCUGUCAUGAGAAGAGUCCCUUAGUAUAACUCUUUGAAUGUAAAUCACUAUAAUUAGCAGCAUUUUUGUUGUUAUUAUUUUUAGGUGUGUAAUGGCUGCUUGCUAAACACAAUAAAUCACACUGAACUGAGCUGAAUUGACUAGCAGACCCACAAAGUUUCAUGUAAAGAAAGCAGCAAGGUCUUAUCCUGUGGGCUAAAGAACUAUAACUCAAAACAAGAGAAAGGUUUGCAUAGUCCUGGAAUAGCUUGGGUGCUAGAAACUAAUUUGUUCAACCAUUUACCUCUUUAUAAUAAAAAGAGGGGGAGAAGUUAGUGAAGCACCAUAAACGAAGAGCCUUGUGGAGUUAACCUUCUCACUUUGUGGGAGGGAUCAUUUGUUUCCCCUUGUCACAGCAAAUAGCUUAAUGUGUGCUGGCAUUUUUGAUGGCUUCGUCUUAAUAGUUUUCAAACAGGAGUCUGUCUGAAUAAAAUUCACCAGCUGAUAUGUGUAAGGAGCAAAACAGUGUAAUGACCUAGUCACCUCUGUGUGUUCCCUUCCCCUUCUUUCUAAAGUGGGCACACUGUCUAAAAUUACCCUUCUAAACAGGUGCCCACAAAGGGACUCUGAGGGUUUCCUAUCAAAUCUGUGAAAUAUGGAACAUGGACUUUACAACAGCUGGGCCACAGGGAUUGUUAAUAGCUGGACUGUUUUUGAUGUAGAUUUUCAUCCCAGGAAAAUAUAUUGACCUAAACGCAUGUUCUUUCCUCCCUCCUCCUUCUUCCAACACCCCCUGAACCAGUUUUGGGGGGCAAACAGCGGGAGGAGAGUGGGGAAACCCUACUGCCCUAUGUGGAAAUCCUUGUGUGGGCUCUGCUACUGGGACUCAUUAUUUGAAUCUUGCUCACUGCCAUCAUGGCUAGUCACCAUUGACAGUCUUACCCCUCGUGAAUUUGUCUAAUCCUCUUUUAAAGACAUCCCAACUAGGGGCCAUUACUCAUCUCAUGGGAUAAAAUUCCGUUGUUAAACUAUGCGCUAUGUGAUGAACUAUUUCCUUUUGCCUGUCCCGAAUCUUCUGAUAUUCUGCUUCGUUGAAUGGCCCUGAGUUCUGCCUCAAAAACUUUUCCCUGUCCACUUUUUCUACAUCAUGCAUGAUUUUUAAAGUAAAUUUAUUCAAAAGGCCUGGAUGAACUUGGUGCAAAAAUGGACACAAGGAUGGCAGCAGCCAAGCUUACCUCAGAAGGCUAUUAUUCCUUAUCUGGGGUGCCACUACUAAAAAGGUCUUCUGCCUUAAGGGGUUGACUGCUUCUCUUCAUCUGGUGGGGCACCCAGAACAGGCCCCAGAACAGUUUUGGCUAGGUGGUUAUAGUUCAGGUAGCCUGGUCCCAAACUGCUUCUGGAGUUUGGGACCAAACAAACAUGUAAAGGCAGGUGCUGCUUUGGCCUUCUGUGUCAUCAGCUAACAUAUGGAAAGGCUGUUAACUCAGAGCUCCCACAGCUGCCCAUGUAGCUGUUGUCCUGGCCUGAUCAAGGCACAUUCCAUAGGUUCAGAGAGAAACUUGUCCCGACCACAGCCCCUUGGCAACUGUCCACACCUGCUCACAAAUGCCUGCUUCACCAUUUUAGGCACAAGAGCACACUGUGUUGGGGAUGUAGAUGCAAUCUGCUAACUGUGUGGAAUCCUCUGUCAAGGCUAUCAUCUAAACACAUCACUCACUGGUUACCUCUCCUUAUCAUCCGUUCCAAAGAACAAAUAAAGCAAUCUUUGUCAUCUAUGAAUAAGCCUUUUGCUGGCCUCCUCUUCUGUGUUGUUCCCUAUUUUCCCAUUGUCCACUAAGCUUUCUGCUCCUUAACCCAUCAACUUUGUGAGCCCUUCCUUUCUCCUUCAAAGCUCAGCAUGCUUUUGUCUUGUAUUCCAGUUGCCAUUUCCAGCUCCUCUCCCUUCCCAUGGGAAAGGCAGCCUAUAUCUUUCUCUUUCAUUUCCUUGCUGUGGCCUUAUUUUCUUAUGCCAACAGAUGGUUUCUACUCCUGGAACAAGCAUUUUCUUUUGCUACAUAAAAUAUUAGUAAUUUUCAGCUAUGCUUUGAUAUGGGUUUGUUUUUUUUAGAAGUUCUAAAAACAAAAACAAAAAAAACCCUAAAUAGUUCAUGGCCACCAAAACAAAGAGAGACGGUGAAGGCCUCCUUGUGGGGUCUGAACUGGCAGUGAUGGACCAGGGAUGAAACCUUGGGGUCAUAGUAGAUAGCUUGAUGAAGAUGUCAACCCAAUGGUGAAAAGGUAGGGUUGCCAUAUUUCAAAAAGUAAAAUUCCUGAAACCCACAAAAUUGUUAAGCUUUUUUGGGGGGAACAAACCCAAAUUGAGGGAACCUAACCCCCAAAAUAGUGAUUUUCAGCUUUUUGAGCUGCUUCUGCUGCCUUUUCCAUUGUGUUUUCCCUGACAUUUUGCCAAUAAAAUCCCCCCCAACACCAUUUUUACACCCGAAAACUAGGGCAUGUCGGGGAUUUUCCUAACAUAUGGCAAGCCUAUGAAAAAGCAAAUUCCAUGUUAGGAAUCAUUAGUAAAGAAAUUGAUUAGAAAACUGCUGAUACAGUAUACAAAUCUAUGGUGCAACCACAUUUGGAAUAAUAUGUCCAGUUCUGCUCACCUCACCUCGAAAAGGAUACUGUGUAGUUGACAAGGUUCAACCAAAAUGUUCGAGCAGAUGGAGCAACUCCCCAAUGAAGAAAAUCUUGCAACGUUUGGGACAUUUUAGUUUAGAGAAAUGCCAGGCAAGAGGUGACAUGACAGACAUUUAUAAAAUUAUGAACGGCACACAGAAAGUGUUCUUAAAACUAAUACAAAUCUAGCUAGUUAUUGGCUUUCUGUAAGGUUGGUUCUCAGAUGGGACAUUUGCAACUAGCAACUUUGAUUCCCAAAUGGCACAUUUGCAACUGUGGCCCCAAUUCAGAUAAUGUUAUUUAUGCUUGAGUUCCACUGAAAUGGAUGGGACUGAAUUUGUCACACUGAUUUUAGCUGGAUUAAAGUCAGCAAUUCCAACUGAUCAAAGUGGCAAUUCUAUCUAAACAUGGGUAGGAUUGUAAUUUUAUCCAGAUUGAGAGUUACAUGUGGAAUGAGGGAUUGCCAUGUGAAAAAGGUGGCAUUGAUAGUUGUGGAGGAGAUAGAAUUUUGGCAGGUGUAAGCUAACCUGCUGAAAUCACAUAUUCUGCACAAGUAUUGAUGGCACAGGACAAUAGCCCUCUCCUCUUUUUAACCUACCCGCCCUGUUCACCAAUUUGGGAUCUUACCUAUUUCCUUUUAAGAACAUAGGAAUAUUAGUCGUUUCAUUUUAGGGUUCCCCCUCUCUCAUUCAUUCUGUCUAAUGUGUUACAAAAUACUUAUUCACUCAAAUUUCCUAAAAACCAUAGUCAGCCAUUAGGAUACACAAGAAGUUUCUUUCUUCAGUGCUUUUUCCUCAGCUUCUUCCAUAUUGCUUUUUCUUACAACAUGUUCUAAAGUUACAGUGAUUUCUUCUUGUGCUGAAGGUCAGGUUGCUUAUAUACACUAGAGGAAGGCUGUGGAAGAGUUUUGUAGGAAAUAACACAACAGAGAUUAGAUUGCCAUCGGCUAUUAAAUAUAUAAGGCUGAACUCACUGAAGUGCCCAGACCCUGAUCCAGGAUAAAUUCCUAUGACCCCCAAAAGUGCACUUAAAAUGUGGAUUUCUGGAAUGCGAGCCAAAUUUGUAUGAGCAACAUAGCAGUUAUGUGACUAGUUUACAUCAAGCCUCCAGAACUGAAAGGAGGAUAAGGAACCACACAGAUCAGCGGCUGCAGCAAAAGGGAUCACAGGGGACAAAGAUGACUACUUUAUUUUUUGGAAAGGGUGAUAAGGAGAAGCUUCCUGAUUUUUCAAUGCAUAUUUACUGAAUCACCGCAAAGUCUUCCAAGGGUUUGUCAGUUGCUGGGUUUGUGCAUGGAGAAUGAUGUAGACAUCAGAGUCUCCAGGGUUUCCCCACUCUCAAGUUUUCCCCUAAAUCUGAAUUCUUUCUGAGAUAGACAUAAACUAUUCCAUUGCUACAUUUCAUGGAUUUUUAGGUGUGACUCUAUCAAGCUUUUAUGGAUCAUAGUUUGAGAGUUUUGAAUUGCUUUUGUUCCAAAGAUACUGUAACCUGACCUCUUUGGAUAAGGGAGCACAGAAUCCAGUUAAUUUAAGAAAUAGCUAGAGGAUGGCAGCAAACAGAAAACCUUGCAUUUGCCAAAAAAAACCCCAAAACUUAUAAGGCUACAAUCCUAUACCCACAUAUCCGAGAGUAAGCACCAUUAAACUUGCUGAGAUUUACUUCUGAGUAGCCACAUGACCCAGAAGCUGUCUGUGGACAAACGCUGGCUCCCUUGGUCUAUAGAGCAAGAUGAGCACGCAACCCCAGAGUCAUCCGUGACUGGACCUAACGGCAGGGCCAGAUUUAGAUGAAGAGAGGCCCUAGGCUACUCCACUUGUGAGGCCCCUCCCCAUCCCCCACCCUCACAACUAGAAGAAAAUGGAAGAGUGUUAUAAACAAAAUUGAGUGAAGCCAAGGAUGAUGACAGGUAUUUAAAAUUCUACAAUUCACGAUUCCUCCUCUAAAGGACAUUAGAUAUUAUUGUUAAAUACCAUGGUGAUUUUAAAAAAUGCAUAAAAUUAACACUGAAAAACUUUUGCAAUAACUGAACUUUGUAAACCUUUUGUGGCAUGGGCAGGCCUAGAACUGAUUAGUUAUCAUUUAACUCUUAGGGGAAAUAAUUAGCAUCACACGUCAUGUGCAUGGAAGUUGCCGAACCAAUUAACUAACUAGAAGGAUUACUGUUAAUAUCACCAGUUUUCCUAUAACCUGAUAUUGCUGGAUAGUUUUGAUGAACUGCAAAAGCAUUUUUAGUUUGCUUUCUGUUGCCACUCUGGAACUUUUCUUUAUUAGUGCCACUUUGUUUUGUUCAAUUCCUUGCAAAUGAAGGAAAACAACUUUUCUGCUUGUAUAUGUUGAUAAUAUAAUUUUGGUUACUGAGGACAAACAAGAUUGUACAAAAACAAGAUUAGGUGCAGGCCUGGCCAGGACAUAGGUGCCCUGACUGUGACAAAGGUGACCUGUGUGCUUGCUUGAUUGAUUAACAGCUGUUGGGAACUUCAAGGUCCCUGCUCUCCCUUCUUAUGGUCUUUGUACUGGACCUCGAGACUCCAUGUCAAGAAGGAGGGCAAGUGGGCACUCUAUCAAAUGACAGGGCAGGAGUUACAUGGAGCAGGGCCUUUUCACUGGUGGUGCCCAUGGUAUGCCUCACUCUUCAAAGACCUGCUCUCUUUUGGCCUGUAUUUUGGAGCUUUACAAUUUAAGAAGACUUUGGAAGAACUGGUUGACAAGAGUUAUCAGUUGCUGACGUAUGGGCGGAUUUUAUUUGCUGCUAUUCUGUGCUUCUGGUGCACCAGGGUUUACACUAGCGUAAUAGAGUUGGCCAGGAUGCCAGAAGGGAUACAGUUUAUGAGCUUUCUCCAUUAUCUGCUCAGCAGGGGGUGUUCAGUCAACAGUGCAAAGGCUGAGCUAAAGCAUUCCCUGCUGGUUACCUGCAUUCAGCAAUAGGGGUCGCUGUUUGGUAGCACCCAAUUGGUUAGCUGUCAGAUUCUAGAGCUCCCUAUUGGUGGCUCUUAGGUAAUUCACCAAAUACAGAGUCCAUUCAUAAAACACAGUGUUCAUUCAUAAAGCAGUAACAUAAAUCUCCAUUGUUACAUAUUGGGUGUAUAUUUCAGUGGUUGAACGUACAAGUUUAUGGACAUUCUGUAGUGUAGUGCUUAUGCGACUGUGAAUAAAAGGUGGCUGGGCUCAUUGUCUUGGGGUUUGUGGGGGGGGGAGAGGUGACAAAACUGAUUUCCAAUAAGUGCCCCCCUUUAUUUCCAUAACAAUUCCUUGAGUCUGUACUCUGAAUGGUGACAUCAGGGACCUAGAAGGUGCAGGGCUUGUCAGUCCAACCCCUGCAUGGUCUCAUCAGGGCUGACCUUAAGGCAAUUGGAGUAAUUGGGCCAAAUUGGGCCCCGCGGGCUACUCCUAAUGGGCCCGCUGCACCAGGGCAAUCUAGAUGGAUUUUAUUUAUAUCUAUAAGAUUUUGCAGACUUUGGCUGUGAACUGGGGCCCUACAAAAAAAAAAUCAAGUUGCACCCCACUGCUUCAAAUUGGGCCCCACUGGCUAGUCCUGAGUCUAAUAGUUGCUGGGCCUGAGUUGCCCUGCCCUUGCAUGAAGUCUUGGGUUUGCAAUUUUGGGAGAGGGGAGACUGUGGCACUGGGGAGCGGGCAGGCUGGCGAGGCCCCCUAGACUUAGAGGCCCAAGUUGUCCUGCCCUGGCAUGAAGUCUUGGGUUUGCAAUUUUGGGAGAGGGGAGACUGCCUCUGGGGAGGCCCCCUAGAUUUAGAGGCCCUAGGCUUCAGCCUACUUAGCCUAUACAUAAAUCUGGCACUGCCUAACGGUCAGGGGUACCUUUACCUUUACCUAGGCACAUACAUCGCAUUACUGCUUUAGAAUUCUUGCUGCCAUUUAUGUUACACCCCCCCCCACACACCACCCUUCUUCCGAGGAUCACAGGGCAGUUUACAGCAUAAAAACACAAAAAAUGCACAACUAUCCUGCGCAUGCCUAUCCAUGGCGACCACCAUGUACGAGUGGCAUGUGUUCAGGGUGCUGGCAUAGUCCCUGAUUGGUGGGCUUUGGUUAGUUGUUUCUGGGGAUGUGGGAGGGAGAGGAGCAUCUGUACCCUUUUUUGCCAUUUGGAGAUGUUCCAAGAUGUAAAUCCUUCUCUCCUCCUGGGCUGAGCAGAUACAACAUACAGGAGCCUUUGUGUCAGUGUAGCAGUCAUAAAUCUUCCACUCCCAGUGUAAGUGGAGAAUAGGAUUCCUUUGCCUUUCCUUUUUCAACUGUAGGAAUUCACUAGUGGUACAAAUCAGAUUUUGCCAUCUUUAAAAUAGAACUAUAAUCGAGGACGGGGAAUCCCAACGAGGAGAUCAUGUAUAAAGUAGACAUAACUAGUAAAAGUGUGGUAGACUUGUUGAUGUCAGGAAAUCAUUGAAAUCAUGCUGUGUAGGAUAUUGAAACAAACUCUGCACAUCACUGUAGAAUCCCAAACAAGAGGCUGUCUUGGUCAAUGAUUAGUUGAUGAGAUCAAAACCCAGCCCUUUUCAUGCAGUAAGUAGUGUAUGGUGCUCAUUACAGUUGGCCAUGUGGCAAAGUGGUAAUCUGAUUUCUCCAUGAUGGAGCCAGUUUGUUGGGACGUGAAUAAUCUUUCUCCUCAACUUCAGCACAGGCUGAAAAUCAAUUCAGCCACGUGACCGAGCAAUUAGAUGGUGGUGGUGAGGUGGAAGCGCACAGAACUAUCCAUGAGGCCAGGUUUUUUAGGCUGGAAUCUGUCAUAGAAUCGUAGAGUUGGGAGGUACCCCACGGGUCAUCUAGUCCAGUCCCCUGCAACGCAGGAAUCUCAGCUAAAGCAUCCAUGACAGAUGGCCAUCCAGCCUCUGCAAGGUCGCUUGUGGUUGCUUUUCAAUGUGGGGCAGAAAGUAGCAUUGUGCGACAAUGCAAGUUUUAAUGACACAGACACAGGAAAUGCAAAAACACCAUUUAAAUAUAGCUUGUGAAGAUGACCUGUAUGUGUGAACAGGCCUGAGUAUGAUUUAAAUGUCUCCAGGGUUGAGAGAAACCGCUUGUCUUUCCUUUUUGGGGCAAAUUAUUACAUACGCAGUUAACACUAUUCUGAAACUUUGUACUACAGAGACAGAUAAAAUUAUAUUCUAAAAGUACGGUCAGUUUUUGUUUUGUUUUUGUACAGAAAGAUAUGUGAAUUCUUUCAGGCCCAUGGGAAUUAAAUGUUUCAGGGUUUAUUAGCCUAAUUCUUCUGUGGCACAUGGGAAGAAAAUGAUCUUUUCUUCAUAAGCAAAGGAUCCUGACCUUGAAAGAAUGGUAAAAGUAGCAAUGUUAGUUGCAUUUGGUUAAAUGGUUUCUACUGCUGUAUUUUUGUGAACUCUUAUUGUAUGUGGGUGGCGUUCUCGCCUUGCUCUCACGGUAGUUGCCAUUACAGUUUAUCAGACAUAUUAAAUUCCCCCCCUUAAAACAACAACAGAAGAAACAUGCAAAAUAAACAAGGAUGUGAUUGAAAGCAGUAGCGAACUGACGUCAUCCUUUUAAACUGCUGCCAGCUUGCUUUGUUUAUUGAUGAGAUCUUUGUGAAAAUAAGGUCUUUUCUACGCCCAGAUGAGAAGCAAUGGGGCUAAGUAGUCUUUACUUUUGUUUUUCCAUUCCCAUUUCCCUCUCUGCUUCUAAUGCACUUAGGCUAAAAGUAACCUUGUAAUGGGCUGAGUUCCGGUAACUGAGUAAGAUACAGGCUGAGAGAAGGAAAGAAGCAUUGUAGACUUCAUGACGAACUAUUUCAGCACAGCAACCUGAGUGUUUAAGGAAAUGAAGCAAUGCCCGUUUAUUAUAUUUGCAGUUACUGUGACAACAAACAUAUACUCCCCCCUUCCCCUCCCCCAAACCCUCAUACAUCAUUCCUGACUCCGUUCAAAGCCUUUGAGUCCGGCAGACAGAAUUUUCUCUUAAGCCCUUUUGCAUACCUGACAAUAUAGCUCACAUGGUGUUAUUAUUACCUCCGUUGCAAGGACUGAAUUAGGUUGUUUAUUCAAGUCGUUUUGGAAGGGUAGCAGUUGUGCUGUCUGUUGACACCUGAGUGCUAACCCUAGCAACGCAGUGUUUAGGUAAGAGAACGGCCAUUUCCAACUGCAGGUUCUACAGUCUUGUGGCUUUCAGGAUUCUGAGAGCAGCUGCUUUCACCAUUAUUAUUAUUAUUAUUAUUCUAAAAACACUGCUACUUUUACCAUACCUUUUUUAUAAAAAAAAAUCAAGUGUCUAGGUCUCAUGGAUGUGGAGGGAAUUUUGAAACAGUUGGCAGGAAGUAUCUAUUAAAAGAAUUAAAAAGAAGAGAUAUAUGAGAUUUCUCACCCACCACACUGAGCCACCUCCUGAUCAUGGAAGUAUCACAGAAUCAUAGACUUGGAAGGGACCACAGGGGUCAUCUAGUCCAACCCCUAAAGUAAAAUACCUGCAAACUACAGAUUCUAUAAUCAGAGUGCAAAUACAGUGGUUAUCCUAACUAAGCUUUCACCGGUAAGAUUGGUGGGAAAUGCCUGUUUAUUUUAUUGGAGCUCAAAGUAAUGUAUCUGAGUCCCCCUCUUCCCAUUUUAUCCUUACAGUAACUAUGUGAGGUCAGUUUAGGCUGAGAGAUUGUGACUGACCCAAAGUCACCUUGUGAGCUUCGUAGCCAAAUGGGGAUUUGACCUCGGGUCUUCAACACUAUCCACUACACCACACUGCUUGGCAGUCACGAUAACUUCUGCCUUAAGAAUAGAUCUGACUUGUGUCACUCUGUUCAACAUUUCUUAUCACCCAAGUGAAAGAAAGUAGAAUGAACAGGCCUUAGUUCUUAAUGGGGCACACUAAAAGCAAACACUGUCUGACUUUCAAAUCUGUUUUGAAGCUAGGCUUGCUCCACUCCCCUACUGGUGGUAUGAAGCAGCUAAUGUUUCUUCAACGUUUCUGCUGACAGCUACAGCUGACAGCUACAUCUUGGUGAACCGCAGUAUAAACCCUGCCUUCAAGCUGUUGCUUUGAUUAUAAGUGUUUAAUUCCUCUCAUAACACAUUCCUGCAAACUCUGCAUGAAUCCCCUUCCUUCCCAAGAUAAUGGUGCUACAAUUCCCUAGUGCUGAUAGUCAUGUCUUUGGAAAUAAUUGUGCUGAUUUCAAUUAAACUGCCUUUCAUUUAAAGCAGAUUAGGAUUGUAAUCUUGAUCAAAAUAACAGUCCAGUGCAGCGUGGACAGUGGAUUCACUUAAAGGGUUUGUCGUGUGGGAAUCAAUAGAGAAUGAUGCUGAUUGAAAAUGAUACGAGCUAUAAGCAUUCCAAGAAAGGCCGUUUGGUGAAAGGCGGCGAAAGAGCCUGUCUCUGUGCAGUGCUGACAUUUGCAGCGGGAAACAUGUUGAUCUGUGGCUGUUCAGAAAACAAAACUUCAUCCUCCAUCCAUAUAAAUUUUACACUGUAAGGACUAAAUGCCACAUCUGUUACCAUAUAGCAGAUGAAACUGAAUAAUCUCAGUCUAUAUCCUGCCCUCUUCAACUAGACUUCAUGUUGAGGCCUCAACUACAGGAUACGCAGCACAAUCCUAUGAAUGCUUACUUAGAAGUUAUUCCCAUUGAGAUCAAUCUAAGAUGGCCCUAGGGCUAUUUGGACUCAUAAAUAUGCCCAGGCAGUUUUAACAGACUGUAUUAAUGGGAGAGAUGGAGAUCAUCCCACUACACAUUCCUCCCGUCACCAGUGUGCCAAGGACCAAGUGACAGGAAGAUGAGCAACCAUCAGAUAGAGCCCCUGAAAUUAUUGAGACGGUGUAGAUAAAACAGGAGAGUUCUUAUUGCUCACUAAUCUGCAUACAUCUUCUUUCACUUUAUUGGCUCUCCCCCACCUUCACCUUGCCAUGAAAACAGAAACAAUGAGAGAGAGAGAGAGACUGAGAGAGAGAGAUGGAGAGAGUGCACAGGCAGGUAAGCCACUGAUCCUCCCUAUCUAGUCAAUUCACCCACCCAUUCCUCCCUUGAAUGUCCAGGAGAAGCAAGAAAUGGGCAAAGAGAUUGCCAGCAGGGGCCCAAGGGGAGUGCCCUCCUGAAAUAAUAUGGUAGCAAUGAGUGGAUGCAGAAGCAUGAAGUUCAGGAUGAUACGAGCUAUCACAUGUGUCAUUUUGUCCUGGCUGCAUCUGCAGUCCUGCCAGUGAAGUGAAUUUUGUAGCUCUGUUGUGUUCUGGUCUGAUGCCAAAACCCACAGGGAAACCAAUGAGAUUGCUUGUCUGUUACAAAGAUUGGAAACAGACUAAGGCAUUUUAUGCCUCUGUCUCCAGACUCCACCACCUUAAGAGAGCUUUGGAGCCUCGACUGGUCAAUCCUCUGGCCUGUAGAUGGGUACACCUCCUCCUCCUCCUCCUCCUUUCCAUAGCCUCCCUCCUGGUGUGCUCCCCACACUGCUGGACUGGUGGUGUGCAGUGAGAGGCAUCUAGUUUUGGGGGCUCAGGGGAAGGUGUCUGUGAGGGGCUAGGCUCUGGCCUGUAGGCCCUGGUGGUCUGGGAGGUUCCUCUGGGAGUUCUGGUCCAACCACCUUGGGCACAAUGGUCUCCCUAUCUUCCGCAGUCUUAUCUCUGAGUCCUGACCCAAAUUCUGCUCCCUAUCUGGUUCCCCUGCAGCCUACAGCAUGGGUAGGCAAACUAAAGCCUGGGGGCUGGAUCUGGCCCAAUCGCCUUCUAAAUCUGGCCUGUGGACAGUCCUGGAAUCAGCGUGUUUUUACAUGAGUAGAAUGUGUGCUUUUAUUUAAAAUGCAUCUCUGGGUUAGUUGUGGGGCAUAGGAAUUCGUUCAUAUUUCCCCCCCCCAAAAAAAUAUAGUCCGGCCCCCCACAAGGUCUGAGGGACAGUGGACCGGCCCCCUGCUGAAAAAGUUUGCUGACCCCUGGCCUACAUCUCUGUGUCCAGAUCAUUGCUGGUCACAGAGGUCAUGACAGUCUGUCCCAGCAAGCACUUCUUUUCCUACUAAACUCCUGUAGCAGUUAAGAAAUGUAUCUAAAACUGGGGUCCCCACUGUGGGGCUCAUUGACACCCGGGCAUCUCAGGCACCCCUGACAUAAAAAUAAUGUUGUUUUAAAGGAUUGCCUAAUUCCACACACACCCUUUUGUCUGUCUUUUAUUUGUUUAGAUGUGUGUAGAUGUUUUGCCUGUUUUGAGGGAGUUCCAAGCAUUGCUAGUCAUUCUUCCAUGAAAUGGAUAUUUAGUGGUACCCAUAACAGUUUCUCAGAUUUUCAAAUGUGCCCCUGGGCCAAAAACAGUUGAGGAACUCCUGAUCUAGAAGGUAGUUUAUGAAAUCCAACUUUAGACAAUGGGAUAUCGGAGCUGGGCUUAAGGCAACGCAAAGCUAGGCCUCUGGAAAAUCCCACACCGUGUGUGGGUGAAUUGUGUGAACUGCAAAUUGGUAGAACAGAUUUACACCCCCCUAUAGUUCCUUGAGUUAAAACAACAUUUAAUAUAUAUGAUUGUGAAAAUAGCUUUUCUUGAUCUUUCUGUGUGGCUGAAACAGGGCUAAAAUUCCAGAAGAUAUAGAAGAUAACAGUGGCUAAGUGUCAAAUAAACACAUAUUUUAAAAUGCUAUCAUAAAACAUUACAGGAAGGAAAACAAACUGUAGCUGUUACAUUGUUCUUAUAUGUUUCCAGCACGCUGCCAAAAUGAAUUCUUUGGAGGUUAAGAAAGGGGCCAAAUUCAAGCAAUGUCUGGGUAUGUUUUGGCUUAAAGUGGAAAUCUAUCUUUUGACAGGACGUGAGGUUCUCAACCUUUCUUUUUAUAAAUUAGCCAUUGUAAGUGUCAUGAAGAGAAGGUAAUGGACAACUUCACAGCAGACAAUAGCUUCAGAGUAUAAAGGUAAAUUAGAAUAAGUAACACUAAAACUGAACUUUAUGCAUAAUAGCUUGGAAAGCUACAGAGUCUUGUUUUAUGCACAGAGAGCUUCAGGUCUUCACUGUAAAGUGUUGUGACAUUCUAGCAUGAGGCUGAUUUGAAUUCUCAGUGACAUUGUUAUUGCCCAUUUGCUCAUGCAGAAUCAGCAGCCUUGAUGUUUAAGUUAAAGAACCGACAAACACCUCUUAUUCCCACUCCUUCUUCUUGUAAACACUUAAAACUUCAAAAGUGACAAGUAUUUACAAGAAGGAGUUUUUGUGCGCUUGCAGGCAUACAGAUCAGGCCAGUUUAAAUUCCUCAAACAUCCCUUGCACCCACUCUGCAAACAGUCAUCUGCAUAUUGCCCCCAAGAAAUUUGCAGCAGAGAGAGGCCAAUUCUUUAAAAAAAGAGGCUAUAUGCAUGUAAAUUUAAACAUAAAAUGUGUGCUAAAUAUGCUGCCUAAUCGGUGCAAAUAAUGUAUACACCCACAAUGGAACCACUAAAUAGUUAACACUGUAAGAAGUUGCUCACUGUCUUGGAAUGUGAGGAAUAUUUGUGGCAGUUGAUAAAGGAGAGGCCACAAUCCAUACAGGAUACAUGAUGGGUUUCCCCACACUUCCCCUUAAGAACUGAGUCACCGCUGUGGCCGACAUUCUGAUUGAUUGAUUGAUUGAUUGAUUAUUGAUUAAGCAUGGCUUGAUUAAGAGGAAGAACCAUUUGCCCUGCUGCCUUUUCUUUUGUUACCUUGCUCAGCGGGCUUUAAGGAAACACUUGCAGAGUUGGUUCUGUGUGGUUCAAUUACCACUUUCUACAAGGCAAUCAAUGUACAAUGCCUUGAAUGGUGGGGGUGAAACAUGCAAAUAUAGUAAACAAAGAAACAGCAUAAUUUGUAAAAUACAGAAUGUUGGGUAGUAUUCAAUGAAGUUUCGCUGAGAGUAAAGGUAAAAGUUAAGGGACCCCUGACCAUUAGGUCCAGUCGUGACUGACUCUGGGGUUGCGGUGCUCAUCUCGCUUUACUGGUCAAGGGAGCCGGCGUACAGCUUCCGGGUCAUGUGGCCAGCAUGACUAAGCCGCUUCUGGCGAACUAGAGCAGCGCACGGAAACACCAUUUACCUUCCCGCCAGAGUGGUACCUAUUUAUCUACUUGCAGUUUGACGUGCUUUUGAACUGCUAGGUGGGCAGGAGCAGGACCGAGCAACGGGAGCUCACCCCGUCGUAGGGAUUCGAACCGCCAACCUUCUGAUCAGCAAGUCCUAGGCUCUGUGGUUUAACCCACAGCACCACCUGCGUCCCUUCGCUGAGAGUAGGCAACUUCAAAUUAAUGAACAUGGCUAAGUUAGGACCAUUCAUUUCAACAGGUUUACUUUGAGUAAAACUUAGUUAAAUUCCACCUGAUGUGUUUAAUUUACUCUAGUCAUUACCUGGGUUAUCUGGAAGAAUGCAAUGGAUGGAGGUUACAUGCCUUGUAAUACAAUAUAUUGAUGUCUACUUCGUUCUGAUUCACCUACUGCAGGUUCAAUGCAGAAGUUCAUUUUUAUUUUAUUUUUAGUCAUCGUUUAAUAAUUACAUUAGUAUGUUCAAGAUACUUGGUGUAUAGAAUGAAGGAGACAGGCAAACAUGUCUUGCUGUUGCUUUAUAACCUUGAAAACAAAAGAAAAAUUGAGUGUGGCCCAGAUACAGCCUUUACCACAUCUUGGCCCAAUAAAAUAGACGGUUCGUGACACAGGCUAAGCCUUUAAUGGAUCGCGGCUUUAAUGACAGCAUAAUUUUAUUCAAGCUCUCUCUUUGAUCAUGGAAUUGAGAAAGUAUUUAUUUAGCAUGCUAUUUCAUCUCACGUAAUAAGACACAGGUUUACUUUUCUGGUACCCAGUCCAGGCCAUAUGCAAAAAUAAAGAUCCAUGGACUAUAAUAUUCAUAAGAAAUUCUAGGGGAAUGUUGUAGACAGUUUAAAAAAUGAUAGAUAGAUGAUGAUGAUAGAUAGAUAGAUAGAUCCAUCAUCUAUCUGAUGAUAGAUAGAUAGAUAGAUAGAUAGAUACCGUAUUUUUCCGUGUAUAAGACAAUGCUUUUUUAUUUUUUUAAAAUGUUAAAAAUUGGGGGUCGUCUUAUACACGGAUAGUGCAGGGGGGGCGGGCAAUUGGUAGCUGCCGCGAGCAGGAGUUUGUUUGUUGUUUUUUUUUUUUAGAAGUUCGUCAGCUGCGAUUGGGCGGGUGAGUGGUGGCUGUGGCAAGGCCUGCUGGUGUUUGGCUGCUAUAGUGGCAGCAAUUGGGCGGGUGAUUGGUGGCUUCAACAAGCCCUGCUGGUGAUUGGCUGCUGCUGGCGGCCAGCGGGCAGACAAUUGGUGGCUUUGGUGAAGUGUGUGAUUGGCAGUGGCGGUCAGGCAGGUGAGCGAUUGUUUGCAACGCCCCCCAAAAAGCUUAACAACUUUGGGCAAUCUCCCCCCAUUACCUUAAUUUGGGGUCCCAUAAAUUAGGGGUCGUCUUAUACAUAGGGGCGUGUUAUACAUGGAAAAAUAUGGUAGAUAAAAAAGUGAAGUGUGUGCCAUAAAUGUGUGUGUGUGUGUGUGUGAGAGAGAGAGAGAGAGAGAGAGAGAGAGAGUGCAGAGCAGGCCUUCAGGCAGACCAGUGAAUAGUAUUCUCUUUUGUAGGGUACCACUCCUUCUUUCUAUCAGCAAAAGACAAACAAAUAAAAUACAUGGAAAAAAACAAAUAACAGCAACAAUAAUGUAUUAACUAACUAACCAUUGGUGGCCUUUUCAUGACAUCUGAAAUCAGGUACCUGAGGUUGCCUCCCUCCCUUUACCUAAUGGUAGGGUCAGCCCUUAGUUGUGUAUAGUCCCAGAUACAGAAAUUGCAUACGUAUAAUUUCUAAUGAGUGAAGCGCCUCACAAUGUUCAUUUCGCUAAAUAUUUCAGAAUCGUGAAACAGCUCUUCCUCUCUGUUUAACAGAAGUUGAGGCACAAUGAUAUGACCCAUUUCAACCCACCCUGGGACCUGCUGUUGAAGGGUGGGCAUUGGGUAAUGUGAUGAUGACGACAAACAUUGUCGUGGCUCAGCCUGUGUGUUGCUGGCUCCCUCCAUGUCCACACUGCACUGAGAGUCACAACGACACAGUCCCUUUGGGGUGAAAUGUGAUGGCAUUCCCUGGGACGACUUGGAUGUGUCUUUCAAAUUUUAUUUUGUUUAUUUUUGUAUUUUUUGCUGUUGUGUGCCUCCCUCCAGCCCCACCCCACCCCCCAUCCUGGUACUGGGCACACCUUGGGUAUUUCAGCCAUUUUGUCAGUGGCUUAUAUCUCCAAUCUUGGCACAAUGUGGUUGCAUGACUGCUCUGUGAGGCAGGUAUUGGGUGAUGAAAGAGCAUAGAAAGAAAAGCUUCAGAACUGGACAAUUAGAGACCAGGCAAUGUAUUGUUUAAAAGUAGACGGAGCAGCUUUUGGAUCCAAAUAAUGGCAGGAAGUCAAAGGUCUGAAGUGGUUCCCCUUGGUUUCCUGUUGCUGCAGGUUUCUAUUAUCCAGUGGUGUUGUCUGCUGUAGUCAGACAACACCAAGAGCCAUGCUAGAAAUCUUUCAGAAGCAGAGCAGCUGCUACUUCAUGUGCCAGGAAAGCAGCUCCAAAUAUCUACUGCCCUGUGGUGGCAAGAGGAAUUGAAACUUGGGAUUUUGGGGACUUCUAAACCACAUGACCAUAUUUCCCCCAUUUCCCUGCCACAAGUGACAUUGACUGCUUUAACUGGUUUGCUUCGCAGCGCAGCGGGAGCAACAUUAAUAAUUCUUGUUCAUGUUGUUUCAUAUCCUGAAGAGCAAAAGCUUACGGAGAAAGUGUUUUGGCUCUGCAAGGGGAUGUGUGUGAGAGAAAAAUUUGUUUGAUUCCUCUUUUCUUUCUGUCAGUCUCAUUCUGCUACGUCAGGUCUCUUGGGCUGGCAACAUAGAAAGAGGCCUGAUACUUCAUACUUGAGGAUGAGAGACCAUAACAACGCAGGCUGAAGUGGCUACAGAGACAUGCAGUGAUAAAUAGCCGCAAUUAAUAAUAUAUAAUUAAGUAACACCCACACCCCAUUUGUUAAGCAAACUGAGAAAAACUUAUGACUUGUGGAAAACAGUUUUGGAAAUAAUUUUUGGUGAAAAUAGUGAACUGAAGAGUUUCUAGGCAAGAUAACUUUAUCAAGAGCCAUAUGCAUAUCACAUGCAUGUGUUAAUCGAUGGAACACAGGUUCCACCAUAAUGUUUAAUGAAUUAAAACAACAACUUCAUUUGUGAGGCAGACAUAUCCUUAGGCCAAUCUGGAGUCUUAGGAUGGCAGACAAACCCAAUAUUGACCUUUUCAUACCUUCCAACAUUUCUCCGAUGAAAAUAGGGAUGUCCCAUUCCAUAAUGAUAAUUUUACUAUUUAUGCCCCACACAUCUUACUGGGUUCUCCCAGCCACUCUGGGCAGCUUUCAACAUAUAUAAUAACAUAAUUAAACAUUUAAAAAACCCUUCCCUGUACAGAAUUGCCUUCAGUUGGCUCUGGUGUCGGAUAACUCCAUACCCUCCAACAUUUUUCCAAUGAAAAUAGGGACACCCUGAGGAAAAUUGGGACAUUCUGGGAUCAAAUCAGAAACAGGACAACUUCUCUAAAUCAGGGACAUCUCUGGAAAAUAGGGACACUUGGAGGGUCUGUCUUUUUGCCAGAUUCUAUCACAAGAUAUAUAUUUGGCAUAAACAGCAAUGGUGUUGCAGAAAACAAAAAUGUCAUAGCAGCUGUGACUGAUGCCUGAAUCUUUUCACCAAAAUGCACAGAAUAAAAAGUUAGUCUCUCUUCUAGUUCAUUUUGCACAGGGGUAAACUUAAUGAAAAGCAGGGCCUAUGGAUCUGCUGAACAAGACUGUGGAGUGCCAGAGAGUGAGUAAAAUAUCAUUACAUCAUCAUGGUAUUUUUGGCCAGCUCACAUCCCCAUGGAACCUGCUUGUUUGUAUUGUGGGCCUUUACGUAAAUGUCUGUGACAGGUUUUAAUUAAUGCAUUUUUGUGUGUGUGUGACCCUGAGCAUUAUUCUCGGUGCGUACAAAAUACGCUGCAUCCUUUACACUGUGAAGAAAAGGGAUUUGGGGUUCCCUUAUCACUUCUGUUCUUAUACUGACUUGCCUUUGUAAGACUGUGUGUUGCUGCUUCUUCUCUUCACUAGAGGAUGUGGGAAAAUGGAGGAGGGAAGGAAGAGAAUAUUCCUUGAAAUUACCUUCAUAGGUGGAAAAGAGGACCACCCACUUCUUAAAAUAUCUCUGCGCCUCUGGACAAGCUGUUAUGAAGUUUCAGAAAUGCAAUGGGUGGGGCGUGAAAGAAAAUGUCGCUGCAUUAGUACAAAUCCUUGCGUGUACCUAAAUGGGUUUUUUUAAGAUCACGGCCUGGCUUAGCCCAUCACAAUCCCCUUAUAACCGCUCGGACCAUUUGCCCAUCUAGGCUAGUGUUGUCUGCUCUGCAAGUGGUUUGGCAUGAUCUUAGGCAGUGCUUUUCCUCAUCACCUGCUAUCCGGUCCUUUUAUCUGAAGAUGCUUGGGGUUGAACCAAUGCCUUUCUGCUUGCUCCACCACUGUGCUCUCUCUCCCCUGCCCUCAGAUGCAAGCCAAUGUCUCUGGCAUAACUGGUCCUUGCAGCAAUGGCAACUGCCCCACCGAGUAUGCUGGACUCCAGCCCCAUCAGUCCCAGCCAGCACAGCCCAUGAUCAAGGAUGAUGGGAGUUGUAAUCCAACAUUUGGAGGGCCAUAGGUUGCCCCUGCCCUGGACACAAUCUUAUUGUUCUGCUAUUGAUGAAAUCAUCAUAAUCAAGUUUGAUCAGCUGAGUUUGAGGUUUACAUUUCAUCAAAAUUUUAAUAAAAAGCAUAUGGCAAGAUAUGUAAUAGCCAUUGUAUGAUCUCAGAGGUAUCUGAAACAUAAUGGCCAAAACUGAACUAUGGUGAGAUGGAAAAUAUGGGUUGUAUCCAACUAAGUUCUAUUCGGACUAGACCCUCUGUAAUGAAUGGACCUAAGUUACGUAGUCAUGCCAAUUAAUUUCAAUGGAUCUACUCUGAGUAGGCUUAGCAUUGGCUAUAACCCAAUGCAUUAAAAAAAAAAAUCACAGUUCCUUACCAUUUAUCCUUGGACAUAGUAGUAACAAAUAUUUUUUAUACAUAUAUUCCCAGAUCCAAAGGAGUUUCUGUGGAGCAUUGUGCCAAGUUAAAAUUGCUCUGAGAUCAGAUUUUGCACUAUUUCCAUUGCUGUUCAAUCAGAGUAUCCGUGUACUCUCUGGAGUGCUCACAUGGUGGUAUAGAACAGUACUUCUGGGAUGUAUUUCAGAGAUGUAUAUGUUUUCUUUUAAAGUAUGAUGUGCUUUCCCCCCUGGUUCUUCCACUGUUAAGCAUGCCCAGAACACGCACAAUGUAUGUUAACAACAGUGUUCCCACUCCAGACAUAGUUUCGCACAAUAAUGCAAGCUUGAAACAAUGCCUAGGGUGGUUUGCCAUUUUCUUUGCAAACUCUAAUGUGCUAAAGAGCACUGCACUAGAUGUGUUUGGUAAUACAUCCAGAUGUACAUUCAUAUACAGCCUGUGUCAGGCAAAGGAAUUUGCAAACCAGUCUCUGCCUUUGUAUCUCCCUUCCUCGGAAUUAUGGCAGAGAGAUCCCUUCCUGGAAACAGUGAACAUUUAAAUAUCUAGUUCAAUAGACAGUGAGCAAGAUAAGAGACCCAAGUUCAGUUUGUAAGGGUUAUGAAGUCCGUUACUCAGAGUACUUUCCCAAAUGAAAAGAAUGCACAACUCAGUGGGAAUUGCAACAAGGAGAUACAGAUAGGAUUGGGUUCCAAAAGGCAUAUUUUGCAUUUACUGUACCACAUCUGCCAGGCAAAUGAAAAGCCCAAAGUGGUUUUCAAAAUAACUUUCUAUACCUCACAAGCAUAGACACCAAUAGCAUAGGUCCUCUAAUGAACUGGUAACUAGUUAAGGAACAGGAAGCUGGGAAUAGGAAUAAAUGGAAAGUUUUCACAGUGGAGUAAGGUAUGCACUGGGGUCCUUGAAAGAUCUAUAUUUGGAUUGGUGCCCUGGGGUCUGGAGUGAGCACUGAGGUAGUCAGGUUUGUGGAUACUAAUGUAUUUAUGAUGGUAAAAUCCAAAGCAAACUGCAAAGAACUCCAGGGGGGUCUCUGCAAACUAUGGAAUUUGAUCUUUGCCAAUUCCAGUAUAAAUCAAUCUGAUCUGUAUCUCCUAGUCCAGCAGGUUAGACUUCUGCUCUCCAUCAAUUUUCAUACUUCCUGAAUGCUCCAAUGUAUUUCUUGGCUUAAAAAAAAUGAACCAAAAUGUAUAUUUGGAGAGAAAGUAACACACACACACAUGCAAAAUUUAAAUGUGUAGAUUUCCUUUAUCACUUCCUAGUGAUUGAGGCUGCAGUCCUAUGUUCCCUGGAGAAGUAUCCCCAAAGCCAUAGGAUAUUAUCAGGGAAUCUGAAGGAGAUCUGAGUCCCAUUCCCAAACCAUUGGCCCAACUGACCAAGGGCCAAAAGGGGGGGGGAGGUUCUGGGGGUGUGCUGGUGAGAAUAGGCAGCCCAUGCACUAGCCACUCAGCCAGAUAUAUGCCGGCAUCCUUCAGGGGCCGAGAUUCCAGCUGGCUAGCCCCCAUCUGGAUCAUGCCCUUCCAGCCGUGAUGAACCCCCAACCUCUGGUGCCAUGUAAAUCAGCAACUCAGACUUCAAAAGCCUGAGCACGCUAUAUCAGCAGAACAUACUGCACAAACAGAACAGGCAUGAGGCUUGUGGAAACAUACUAACAAGCUACGGAUUUAUUAAGCAUAAAUCAGGACAAAAGAAACAUGUCGUCUCACUUUCUUCUCCUCAGAGAGACCGUCAAAAGCAAAGGCUAUACACACAACGGAAGUUCCCAGCAAGCUGUGCUGGUAUGUAAACAGACAUGUGACAUGCAACAGUUCCAUGUCUGCAACUAAAGGUGGAAUGGAAUUUUCCAACAAUAUUUUGCUUUUGAAGCUUUAUAGGGGAUCAUGGGGAGGAGGGACCAAGGCAGCAUACAGCCCCCACACCACCUUGCAAAGGAAUCUGCUGGACUGCAGAUUCUGAAGUGGACAGUGAUCCUCUUUAGCCUAGCUCAGGAGUCUGCAACCUUUAAGACAAAAAGAGCCACUUGGACCCGUUUCCGAAGAAAAAAAAACUGGGAGCCGCAAAACCACUGCGACAUUUAAAACAAAUAUAACACUGCAUAUAUUGUUUCUUACCUUAAUGCUAUAUAUACAGGAUCGUAAUGCACGCACCGUCCCCAUGCGAUGUCACAGCCAGUACAGUGCCCGCCACAGUGGGGAGUGUCGGGGCGCACAAUGCGCCUCCUCCCCUCGCUAGUAUCCGCCCCGGAGGCACGGCAAAGGUGUAAAAGAGCCACAUGCGGCUCCGGAGCCACGGGUUGCAGACCCCUGGCCUAGCUAAAGGAAACUGCUAGGCCUAAAAGGCUCCCUUUUAAAAAAUAAUAGCCCAUCCCAAGACACUGGGGCCUGCUUCCGAGUAAACAUGCAUGGGACAGCCUUGUGGAAUAGCAACUCCAGCUGCUGCUGGUGUGGGUCUAAGACCAAGACUUGUAACAAAGGACUCAUAUUCCAGGGAGUGGGGAGGGAAGCUGUUAGCCUGUUGUGGUUAAAAAUGGCGAAGAAUUUUGUGACACCCUAAAGACCAGCAAAUGGAUUUUACAAGUACUACAGUUCUAAGUCAAAUCUUCCUGUUGAAUAGUUCACCACUGUCAACUAUGUCCAGUCUUUAGACUGCCACACAACUGUUGUUUUUAUUUAGAAACAGGGUUCUGGAAGCUUUUAAAUAAAUUAUGCCUCGAUUUUGUUCCUUAUGAGGUUAGAUAUCAAGCAGACUCUGAAAACCAAAACGUAUUACAAAACCACCCAAGAGUUCAUUCCCUAGGUACUCACAUUAUCCGUCUCCUGUACUGUCUCUUUUAAACCAUCACAUUCAGCUGAAGGCAGAUUUUGAGUUAUACCUUUAAAGUAAUAUAUGGACUUGGCGGGGGGGAAAUGGUGUCUUUUAUGAAAUAUAGCACCGUUUUAUUCUGGAACUGGUCGUGCAGGAUUGAAGUUUCCUGCUUAAACGUUCCAAAAUGAAAAUUUUUAUUUCAUUAUCUGUGAAAUGCUCUGCUUUCAUCCGCGGCCAAUAUCUUCCUCUUUCUUACAGUGUUGCAAGCCUUCUGGUUUCAGUAAAUCUUGAGUUUGGCUUGGAUUUUACCAUGGCUCUCUCUCUCCCCCACCCCUCCGCUUUUCAAUUACCCUUCAACACAGACUUUUUUGAGCGUGCUCUUAGAUUACAUGUUGAUUGUGUUGACUGUAAAUGUCAAGUUGUUUUUCAACGUGCUCUUUCCUAGCACUAUACAGCUUUCCCCAGCCCCUCCUCUUUCCUUUCCUUUUUUGUUUUGUUUUGUUGCAAGGAUGCACAAACAAUUCAUUUAGAAAGGACAUGGGGGAAAUGUGUCUUGUGCUAUUAUAACUGCUACUACCCUGGGUGGCUAUCCAUUAUCCCCAGGGCUAUUACUUAAAUGGUGACUUCAUUUGAUAUGACCCUGCCACUGUUAAGCAAAAUAACAUUCUCUAGAGGUGAACAAACAGUGCAGGUCCUGUUAGCCAGUGCAGAGACAGCUGGCACUGAGUUUGCGAUUGGAGUCAAUGGACUUGACUCUCGUUAUGCUUCCAGGCAGAAUGUCUGGAGCCAGUCACCAUCCAAGAAAGUUAAUCUUGAGGGCUUGUGUACAUUCAUUUUUAGCACUGCUGUUAUUGUAUCAAGCCUGGUUGGGUAGCAUUAGUGAGACAACUGUUCAGACAAAAUGGAGACAGAAGGCUGCCAAAGGGGCUUGCCUUGUUCUUCUCCAGGAAAUGUCCGCUCACACUAGAUGUGGGCACAGCCCUGAAGGGGUGGAGGGCACCUCCUUAAUUUUUUUUUUUUAAAGCAAGGAGAAGAAGCCACUUCAUGCACUAGAACAGAGAGGCCUCUUGGGGAGAAUGCAUGCGUUUUCCCUAUUAACACUCAUCUCUCAUUGCAUGUUAAUGUAUAUUGUGUAUCACGGAGCCUAGGACGUUGCCUUUAGUCCAUCUAGCUCAGUAUUGUUUACCUUGGCUGGAACAUGUGCAGAUGAGGGCAACCAAGAUGACAAACAGGUCUGGAAACCAAGCCCUAUGAGGAACAGUUGAGGGAGCUGGGUGUGUUGAGGAAGAGGUGAUUUGGUAGACUUCUUCAAAUAACUGAAGAUGCCUCACAUGGAAGAUGGAACCAGCUUGUUUUUUGCUUCUCCAGAGGUUAAGACCUGAACCAAUGGAUUCAAAUGACAAGAAAGGAGCUUCUAAAUAUUAGGGAUAACUUUCUGGUGGUAAGAGCUGCUCAACAGUGGAACGGGCUGCCUCCAAAAGGUGGUUGACUCUUCUUCAUUGUGGGUUUCUGAGCAGAGGUUGGAUAGCCAUCUGUCAGGGAUUCUUUUGCUAUGAUUCCUGCAAUGUAGGAGGUUGGACCCUUAGAAUCCCUUCUAAGCCUGCAAUUCUACUAUUCUAUGAGGAGCAGUAGCUCGCCAGGGUUUCAGAAGGUGUUGCUGAAUCCAAGGCUGCAUACAUGCUAUGCUUAAAGCACAUUUAAAGUGCAUCCCCCCAAAGAACCCAAAUAACCAUAGCUCAAAUCCCCACAGAGCUACAGUUCCCUGUUACGUAGGGAUUAGUCUGUUUUUCCGAGCAGCCCUCCAGAAUCUGCCUUGCAAUUCAUAAGUUCACUGGAGGCAAGGUUGCUUGGACUGGAUAUUCAUACAAAAUGUGGCUUGGAUGUUCAUACAGAUGUUUGCAGAAGACUCAGCUCAUGCCAGAAUCAGCGUGGUGGUGAAGUCCUCUUCUGUGAAUUAAAAUGACCCCAUGUUGCAGAAAACAUAGUGGAUUAGUCACAUUCCAAGGAACAGCAAUUGUGCCCUGGGGAUGCCUGUCUCAUACUCAUUUGCCCCUUCAGACCAAAAGCACUUCCUACCAGCAUGAUAAGGCAACCAGCUUUAUCAAUAUCUAGCAAAUUGGGGAUCUUUAAAGAACAUUCCUAUCUGAGCAGAUAGGGAUUCCUUCUUUCACUGACACACUUGACAAUUGCUUCAAAAGUAAAGGUAGCUGUGCUGGCCCAUAAGGAAAAUUCCAAAAUCCUUAUCGGGGAAAUACCAAAUGUCAGUUUUGCAGUUAGUAAUUAACAAUAUACCCGAAAGGGUUUGCUUCCAGCUACCUUCCUCCUUUGUUGUUAUUGUUUAGUCGUUUAGUCGUGUCCGACUCUUCGUGACUCCAUGGACCAGAGCACGCCAGGCACUCCUGUCUUCCACUGCCUCCCGCAGUUUGGUCAAAACCUUCCUCCUUAGCUGAGCCCAAAUUCAUGAUAUUUCAUCUUGGCCCCCAGGCUCAGUUGACCUAGGUGAUAUGAAAGCUCUGUUUAUAGUGGUUGCUGAGUGAUCACUGUUUCAGCACAUGCAGAUUAUCACAAUGGUUGCAUGUGGAAUUUGUGAAUGCAUCCAUAAUUUACCUUAUGUCAGCCUUCCCCAGUCUGGUGCCCUCAGAAUGUUUUGGGGUUGUAUUCAAAGUAGCACCAUGGAGAUUGUUUCAUCGGGCAAGCAUUUCUGCUUCCAGAUAGGAUGAGAUCCCCCCUCUCCUUCUCACAACCCAUGUUGUUCUGGGGGUUCUCCCGAACCCCUGGAACAGAUUUGGGGAGGAUGCAGAGGGUGUGUAGGGGGAGAAGAGGGGGUAAAGUCCCAUUACUGCAGUGUGACUCAUUGUGCAGGCUUCUGCUAGUGCAGCAAGUUAAUCAAAUAUGGCCCAUUGUCUACAACUCCCAUGAUCCUUGACAAUUGGCCAUGCUGGCUGGGACCAAUGGGAGUUGUAGCCCAAGCCCUCUGAAGGACAGUAGUGUUAGAAUUCCUGCUCCAUGAUUGUAGUCAUGGGAUUUUUGUCUAUCACAUGACAGUGCAUAUUUGACUCCACAAAGUGGGAAGUGACGGAGACAGGAAGCUUCCGAACGAUCGACCAGGAGGGAGAGAACAUGCCAGUCGGGCAUGUUUCUCUGCCAGGGUCCUACUCAAGAGUAGGAUGAGCGGCUGACAAGUAGGUAGGGGAAGGCCACCCAGCCUUCCAGCUUUGGAACCUUUGGGGUACAUUUCAUUUGUACAAUUGUACAAUUAAUUGACUUCAGGCACACAUCAGUAAAAUACUGCUGUAAUUAGUUGAGCCGGUAAGAGAUGAGCGAGUCUUGAAUUUUAAAAUAUAGACUUUGAUAAGCUGCAUUACGUAUGUGCAAUAGGUGACCAGAUGGAAAAGGAAAAAUGUAAAAACAGAGCAUGUGCCAAGGUUUGAACACAGUCCAGAAAUUUGCAUUGACAUUACGCUUCCUACAAGAUAUGGACAUUUGAAACCACAAAAUCUGUGAAGGGACUCAAAAAGAGGGAACCUCAUAGGAGUUCUUGCUCUCCUGGUAGUUUAAGAAAUAUAGCAGUUACAAAUAUAACAUCUAAUAAACUAUGGCUCCAUGGACCAAUCUUGAGGAUCAGUUUCUUUAAGAAGACAUUAAUACAGAACCAUUAUGUCAAAAUGUGAUUAGCACUGAUUAGCGUGUUAACCUAUUUCAAUGUGUCCUAAGAAGGGCUGGAACUCUGCAGCAACUGAAUGGCUGAGUUAUGAAUUAAGAAUUCUCUGGCUCAUGUCUCACUUCUGCCAUGACCUCAGUAAAUGGCUUGAGACAAAUCACUGUUUCUUAUGCUAUGUAAACAUUCCCAACUUAAAAAGCAGCGAGGUUGUUCUUUUAUCGCUGCGUUUCAAACCACAUUUUCAGGUUGUUGCACACAUCAGCAAGGUGUGAUGUAGAGUGUUACAAAGGUUGCACGCUACUCCCAACCUCUGCCAAGAGGUAUCAAAAUUCAGGUGGGGUUCCAGUUGCUCACCCAGGAUUAUUUUUCCGUUGGGAAAUCAAGGCACAGCAGAGGCUAGUGUCUUUUAAGAAAUAUGGUAUAUUGUACACAUAUUUACACCUGGGUCUACUUUGGAGUUCAGAGCACUGCAUCUCAAGAGGGGCUUGUUCCAGCCCUGGAUUCCAGCCCUGGAUUGUUGAGCCAUCCUGACCGCCAUAUCUGACUCUGCCCCAGCCUGCCAAACUGGUUCCGGCCUCCACAGCAGCUCAUGAAGUCCUGCCCGCUUCCUUUCAUCUUCCCAAAAACCCCUGCUCCAAGCAACUCCUCCCCAUCUGUCUUCUCGCCUCCUUCAUCCAGACCUCUGGUUUCAAAAAGGACGGCAUUUUUUCUGUGUGACAUCCUGCCCUCUCCCGUCACCUAGGCAACCUCUUCCUCUCACCUGCAGAGCCUCCUGCCUGGUUGACAGUUUCUAUUGAUGGCUUAAUGAAUUGUUUCCAGAACCUUUUCUUAAGGACUUCUGUCUCAGGUCCUCACCCUGGCUUGAAAGAGAAGCUUAGCCUGUAUUUUUUCACUGGCUUGGGAUCUUCCCUUCAAUACUCCAGAUAUUAACUAAAUUCUACCAUUUAUUAUUUUCUAACAUUCACUAACCCUAGCAGUUAUGGGUGCCUUUGCACCCCCCCUCCAAACUCUGUUACCCUAGAUCUGUAACAAUAAGCUUAGUUUCAUCCUCACAUCUGCAGUAUGCAGAUAAUACUGACGUGUUACCAGGUUUACUGAGCUACAGUGUGGGAUAUGCUUGGAACUCUGCUAUAGAAAUGAUAAGUUAAGAAGUAAUGUUAUGCGAUUGGAAAUCUGGCUCUCGUUUAGCCAUUUCAGUAAGAGCUGUGUGCUGUCGAGAAUUUGGCUCUAAAAGUGUUAUUCCCACUUCCUGCUUUUUUAUCUGUCAUACAGAAUGCUGAUACAUUUGUGGUUUGCUUGGGCGUGCUAAUAGGGCAUAUGGUUUUGUAACAACUGCAUCCACUUUGUAGCAGGUUCCACUAAUGCUUUUCAUAAUUUAGGAGUAUAAUUAGUUCUGAUAAAACAUUAUUUUUUUAAAAAAACAACAAGACCAAACCAUAUGCCAGGGAAUGAAAGAAACAUACCCUUGUUUAUAAGAUUGAAAACAAACUAGCAUGUGUACAUGGUGCCUGGAUCAUUGUGCUGUGUAAUGUUUCUUCAUUAUUUUCAUGCCUGGAAGCCAGUUUUGUUUUAUCUUUGUUGGUGGCUUAUUCAUUUCUGAGUACCGUUGGAAGUGCUAGUUCUUAUCUUCAAAGCUCCUCAUGGUCUACACUAGACUAUCUGAUGAACUGCCUUCUCCAGUAUAUACUCUAGCCCACAUGGUCUGCUGAAUAUCAGAAGGCCUGUUCUGGGUCUGCCCAUAGACUGAAGGGCAUGUUUGGUAUUGGCACCUGUGCUGGGGAAUGUCCCUUCCUAGGCAGACCCCUAUGAAUUUGUCAGGAGCAGGUCAGCAAUAAACCACACGGAGUAAGUUAACUCUUUAUUAGACGUAACAAGGUAGUGCCCGGCCCAAAGAGCGCGGGAGCUCUUCUCGGUAGGUCCUGCCCCUAUGAAGCAAUUGUGGAGACUGAAGGUCUCCACAGCUUUCCACCACUGCCUAAGUCUCCUCCUCCCCCAAGCAAUCUGAAACUAUGCCGGCAUGCCUGUCUUUGCUCCUCCUUCUUCAUUCCUCUCCUGGUCCUGGGAGACCAAGGGGGAAGGGGAACUUGUUGUAGCAAGAGGGCAAGACACCCUGGCUUUUUCACCAGCCUGAUUCAUCCAUGCCUGUGGGCCUCCCUCCUCUCCUGCUUCUGCUUCUGGACUUCUCUCUGCCACAAACUCUCCCUGCUCACCAAGUCCUAUUACCGCUUCAGCUUCUGACGCCUCCCCCCCUCCCAAUUUCCUUCUUCCCUUGGGGGUUCCCCCAUUGCUGCCUUCCACCAUUCGCAGAAUCACAGAAUGGUAGAGUUGGAAAGGAGCACAAGGACAACCUCCUGCAGUGCAGGAAUUUUUUUUACCCAACAAGGACUCGAACCCACAUCCCUGAGAUUAAGAAGAGUCUCAUGCUGUACCAUUCCUUUGCAUCCACCCAGCCCAUGACACACUUCUUCACUAUAAGAGGCCAGAUAUGCAGUGGUACCUCGGGUUAAGAACUUAAUUUGUUCCGGAGGUCCUUUCUUAACCUGAAACUGUUCUUAACCUGAGGUACCACUUUAGUUAAUGGGGCCUCCCGCUGCUGCCAUGCCGCUGCCAUGUGAUUACUGUUCUCAUCCUGAAGUAAAGUUCUUAACCCAAGGUACUAUUUCUGAGUUAGCGGAGUCUGUAACCUGAAGCAUCUGUAACCCAAGGUACCACUGUAUAAUGAAGUCUAGCAAUGUUCACUAAAGGCCAACUCAAAGACACCUGGCUUUGCCCUUGUGUUGGUUUGUACUACUACAGCUUUUCAGAUAAGGAAUUAUUUGUUGGAAAGUGCCCCGCAUGAAUUCAGUCCUUCUCAGUAACCUGAACACUAACUGCAGUUACUAGGAAAUAUAAGUUUGUGUCCUGUCCACAGAUUUAUCGCAAGUUUUCUCUAGAAGGUAGGAUGUUCUCGUUGUAUGAUUGGUAUCUAUUUGGCAGUGUGGGCUCACCCACACUUCUGCUAGACACAGGUCCUAGCCGUUUUCCACUUGCCCUGCUGCUCCCCCCCAGAAAACAUGCUCUUUAGCGCUAAAUUGGAACAAAUAGCAAUCCGCAUAAAACCCAAUUACUGUUUGCUCCAAUUCAUCAUUAAAGAUUGGGUUCUGCUGGGGGAAAGUGGUGGGACAAACAGGUAUGGAUAAGCCCUAUGUCAGGCCUCACAUCCACUGCAGAUCCUGAACCCAAAACCUGGCAGACUACUGGAAAGGAUUUAGCCAUGAGUUUGAUCAAACUGUGGGAGGCAGUGGAAGACAGGAGUGCCUGGCGUCCAUGGGGUGACGAAGAGUCGGACAUGACUAAACAAUCAAACAACAAUGCUAUUACCAGGCUCUGACCUACGGUAAAUAAAAACCACGAGAAGGGCCUGUUGCAUCAGGUCAACGUCCCAUCUGGUCCAGCAUCCUGAUCUCAUGUCUUUGCCUCUGUCUUACCCUUCUCAGCUUAAACAAGUGCUGGUGUAACACUCUAUGUAUCAGUUCUCACAGAGGAAUACAGUUAUUGCCUGUGGAAGAAGAUGGGUCUCUGCAAGAGGUGUUGAACAUUACCUUACUGGGGUUGGAGAAUUAGAAUUAAGUUUCUGCACAAAGUGUGGCAAUGAUAUAAUAUUUUGAUGGGGAAGUUGAAGGAUAGGGCAUUGGAGCCAGAAAUUUGAGCCAACAGCUGUGUAUAUUACCAGCAUGUUGUGCUGACCACAUAAGGUGACAUCAGCAAGUUCUUGCCAUAUUGAACCAAGACAAGACAUUACUGUGGGAAGAGUAAUGACCAUUAAAAGCUGUUUGAGAGUACAGUGAACAAAUGCAUGGCACACAGAGUCAGUUUCCUACUGACAAUAGAAAAAAUGGCAAACGUUUCCUAAUACUGAGGAUUAGCCAUUUCAAGAGCAAAGGAAGCCUUUUGUAGGCAAGCUAAUCUAUCUGGUAACUUGCCAGAUACAUUCCUGCUGCUAUCACCCUUCUUUGCUGACGAUGAAGCAAAUUUUGGAGCAAGAUACAGUUUGUUCAUUUGAAGCUAAACUUCAGGAGCUGUGCUCACAGAUGAAUGUGAUGACAUAAAGGAGAGAAAAACUAAGAAACAUCUUACAUAUGCGGAGCUACGUUAAAGUGGCUUUCCUGUUGUUCUGCUCCAUGCCUCUUUAGUAGAGUGUGGAAACUUGAAUUAUCAGGAUAGCCCUAACCAUGUCUGUCAUUCAUUCCUGCAUCAGUGACCAAAUGGUUGUCAGUUAAGCUGAUUGCAUGUGACUUGAACAUUCCUUGCCAGGCAGGAAUUGUGCUUUUCAGUGGGUACCAUGCUGCCAUGAUACUGUAAGACACAGCCUGGAAAAUGUUGGACUAAGACCUGAGAGUCCAGCGUUCACUCCGUGGGUAACCUUGGACAAGUCAGUCUCUCAGCCUAACCUACCUCACAGGGUUGUUGUGAGGAUAAAAUGGGGAGGAGGAGAACCACGAGCUCCUUGGCGGAAAGAUGGGAUAUACAGUGGUACCUCGGGUUAAGAACUUAAUUUGUUUCAGAGGUCCGUUCGUAACCUGAAACUGUUCUUAACCUGAGGUACCACUUUAGCUAAUGGGGUCUCGCGCCACCGCCACACGAUUUCUGUUCUCAUCCUGAGGUAAAAUUUUUAACCCAAGGUACUAUUUCUGGGUUAGUGGAGUCUGUAACCUGAAGUGUCUGUAACCCGAGGUACCACUGUAAAUGUAACAAUCAGUACUAUUUUUCUAGAAAAAUAGGUGCCGGGACUCAUCAUGAACUUGUUCCCUUAUAAUGGCAAUGGUGCUCACUUGAGAGUUGCUAGAACUGAAUUUCAGAGAGCUUCAGCUGGAAAAAAAAAAGCCCUGGUAACAAUAAAAUUUAAAAAAUAAGACUUCAGCCUCUGUUGAUCUGUAGGAAAAAUGUGCUAACACUGGUGAAUUGGUACAGAUUUUUUCAUCUGAUCAAUUUCAUCUGAAAUCAAUUUCAGCUAUGGACACUUCAACUUCUCUCAUAUGAGCAUAUUUGCAUUCUAUUAAAGCAGUAGAAUUGGUAGCUAUUUCAAUGUCAAUGAAAACAGGAGAUGGGAACAAGGGGUUAUUACUUACACCACUGUUAGGUUAAGCCAAUUCGUAGAAAUGAGGUGUUAGUCAAAGCCAGCUUGUCUAACUGACAUGUGCCUCUCCACUGGUUUCCUAUCUAUAUGUAAUUCCGACCAGCCUCUUUAUCUGAUUCUACAAGUAUUACUGAUGCCACAGCAUUAUCUGAUUUGGCCUGUUUUCCCAAGAGCUCUGAUGAGUAUAUAUCUUACACUAGAUGAAAGAAAACAAGAUUAGGUUGAUCCUCUUCUGACAUCCUCCGUGUCAGCAAAUUCCAUGGAAAGAUUUCUUUCUGAUCUCCGCAAAACCAAUGUAGAAGUCAUGUAAUUAAAAGCACACAUGUUGAUAAUUAUUGAAAAUUGAAGCACUGUUUCCCAGAACAACAAAGGUUUAAGUAAAUAACCAGAACACUCAUGUACCUACCACAUAAAAUGAGACAAAAAUUCACUGCCUUGAAGAGUUACGCAAUGUUUUCUUCAUACUGUUGAAAACAACGUAAACACUAACUUUUUAAUUUUCCCCUUUACUUUUAACAUCUUGGGUGUACGAUAUAUAUCCAAUUUUACAUAUGAGAGUGGCUUUUGGUGGUUUGUGCAUAUUGUAUGCAAAAGGCAUGCAAAAGGAUCCUGAGGUAGUGUGGUUGUGGUAAAAUUAUUAUUGCCAGGCUCAUUCACUCAUGAAUUUGCAGCAUUUACCAAAUGAGAUGCUUUAAAGCAAUGUAGUUAUUUGGCUACUUAAAAAAAAGUGCGAACUGCUUACUGUUAAUAAUGCUGGUUGGGUAUAUGUUUUGUUCUGGAACAACUUUUAUUAGCCACAUCAAUGAAGAAACCAGGUUUUGUUUGUCCUGUUCUGUUUUCAUGCUUGGAACACCAUGAAAUCAGUGUUCUUGUAAUAUUUCCCCUCGCCCCCUUUUUGCAUCUAAUCUCUCCUGGUUCCACUUUACUGGAAUUCUGCACAGAUUUCCUUGUGGGGGAAUGAAGAAUUUGAAGCAGUGCAAGUCAAAAAUCCAUUCUGUGUGCCAAACCAGCAAAUUCCAUUUGUUUAUUUCUCAUACUUCUUUCAUUUCACUCGUAUGCAAAUAUCUAAAAUAGCAAGUUUGCUAUGUUGUUUUCCCUCUCAUCUUUUGUUACCAAGUUAGCACAAUCUACCAUAAUUUUUGAACUCUCAAUUAAAUAAUGUGGAACAGAGAUGGGAAGAUUUCAGGCUUGUAGGAUCUACUUUGCUUUUCUACUAGGAACCCUGUGGUACAUGUAUUUAGGAGAGUGUGUGUACUCUAAAACAUGAUUAUGAGAGGUGAAAACUUUCCCAGAGAAGCAGUCAAGCAUCAUCCUAUUGUGUGCCUAAACAGGUUGUUCACAUCACACCAAUGAUUUAUUUGGGACAACCAAUAAAGCAUCCAUUUAUAACAAAAUAAAACAAAAAGAAUCAUAAGUCACAUGUUGGCUAAUAUGGUGCAGCAUAAACAUAAAAUCACAGGUGCAUUUAAACUCACAACUUAACACAUUUAUACUCCCAGUCUAAAGAAAUCAGAGAUGCUAAUCUCCAAUAUAAAUAAAGCAGUGGAAUUAUGAAAUUCCUAGAAAACAGAGAAAGAUCGCAAAGUGCAAUCUCCUGUGCUUGGAGAGACUGUUGAAGCUUUUGAUUAUGAUAUGCAUGUGAAAUAGCAUGCAUGGAAGUGCAAAAGUAUUUGCCUGAGUAUGUGCAAACCAGACAAAAGUCAGGUCAAGCGUUCGCCCAUUACACCCCAAAUACCACUGUUCAGAGCCAGGUGCACUCUAGUGGCUCUGGAGGGUGGACCUCCUCGUAGGAUUAAGAGACAGGCUGCCUCUGAGCGCAUGCUCAGUUCAGGAAUUGGGCCCAGUUACAAAAUGAAGCUCAAAGACAUUCAUUACAUAAACCCACUCCUGGUUUUAUCCCCAAGCUUUUUUGUGUUAGAGCAUUCAUUCUGUUGUAGUCAACGGAAUAGAGCUAUUGGUCAUGCUGGGAGCGUGUGGUGCCCAUAACAAUUUCUCCUGUUUGCAAAUGUGCCAUCAGGCCCAAGCAAGUUGGCAAUCUUUAUACUAGGAGAUCCUGCUCAGCCUUCCCCCAAGAACUGCUCACCAAUAAAAAUGUACUGCUCAUCAAUAAAAAGCAUGUUCUACAAUCAUUAAGUAAUUGGCUGACCCACCCUUAAACUAUGUGAAAUCUCCAAAUAGGUUAUUAUGUGAUGUUCAUGUCACUUACUGAUGGGGUGGAGUGAGAUCCCACAAAACAUCUGAGUCACCAUGAGAGCCAAGUACUUUUUCCUGAAAAGGAAGUAGGCUGAAAUGCUCAUGACCCAUUACAGUUCAGUAGCAAAUUGAAUUGGCCUGAAAGGAAACAUUGGCCAAUGUUUAUUUUUCCACCACAAUCCUGAGACACCAAGUGUUUCCUAAACCCCACAGGUAUUGUUCACGUUCAUAAUAGAUAUUUAUUUUUAGAGUGGGGGCACAGAUCUUCUAAGAGAGAAAAAUGCCACUGGUUGAGUGAGGAUAUUCUGCUUAGGUAUUCAAGAGCCUAGGAGCCAGUGGGUUGGAUUUCAGUGGGACCAACUUAGUCUGAACCCAUAAACUUUCAUAUGAUCAUUUCCCUAAUGGAAAUAAGGCUACAAAGAAGAACUCUGUGCUUGAUUUUUCUCCUUCAACUGGGGCAAAUAAAAUGGUGAAGCAGCUACAGAGCUUAAGGAUGGCAAUGGAGAAGGAACCAGGGUAUUGGAAACUACAAUAGUACAUGGUAAGCUGCCUUAUCGCAAGUUAGACCUUGGUCCAUGCAGGCUAUCUCAGUAUUGUGUAUAAUAAAUGGCCACAAACUAGUUUCAGGUGAGGUCUUUUUUAGCUGCCUCUGGAGAUGCAGGGUGGGGAUUGAUCCAGAACCUUCUGCAUGCAAAGCAUCUGUUCUGCCACUGAGUUAAAGCCCUUCCAGCAAUAAUGCUUCACAGUUGCAUGGCACAUACUGAGAGCUCAAAGUGCUACGCACAUGCUUUAUAUCCGUAAUCCUUAUUCAAACAGCUCUGUUAGGAAAGACAACAGCAUUAGCCUUGUAUUGCAGAUGUGAGGCUCAGGAUGGAGAAAGAGUGGUUUUCUGUGGCUCACAGCUACUUCUACUGGGGAAAGCUUACUGAAUUCAUUGAAACUACAGCACUGUGAUAAUGAUGGAAAUUUGAGAAGUAAUAAGACCUAUGUUUAGGAGACAAGCAUAGCACUGGCUAACUGCAAGCCCUUCUCUGCUCUGUUGUUGUUUAGUCGUUUAGUCGUGUCCGACUCUUCAUGACCCCAUGGACCAGAGCGCGCCAGGCACUCCUGUCUUCCACUGCCUCCCGCAGUUUGGUCAGACUCAUGUUUGUAGCUUCAAGAACACUGUCCAACCAUCUCGUCCUCUGUCGUCCCCUUCUCCUUGUGCCCUCAAUCUUUCCCAACAUCAGGGUCUUUUACAGGGAGUCUUCUCUUCUCAUGAGGUGGCCAAAGUAUUGGAGCCUCAGCUUCACGAUCUGUCCUUCCAGUGAGCACUCAGGGCUGAUUUCCUUCAGAAUGGAUAAGUCUGAUCUUCUUGCAGUCCAUGGGAUUCUCAAGAGUCUCCUCCAGCACCAUAAUUCAAAAGCAUCAAUUCUUCGGCGAUCAGCCUUCUUUAUGGUCCAGCUCUCACUUCCAUACAUCACAUCUCUGCUCUGUAGUUUCCCCCAAACAGAUUUGUUAAAGUGCCUUAGGAUUUACAAUGACACUAUUAAUCUGGCCUUAUUAAAUUCCUCAUGGAGACUAGAUGGUCAGUUGCACAUGUUGUCCUGUGUAUGGUUGACAAGUCAGAUAAGAUUGCAAGCAUCAAACUGAACAUUAAAUUCAGAGGAAGAGGUUAUUAAGAAAAGAUCAAAAUAAUAUUAUUUUCACUAUGCAUUUGCAUGUUUUUGGUCUUCAUAAUCACUGUAAUUAGAUUAAGUGCCUAAUUAAUAUUACAGACAGAGGGUUUUUUUCCCCCUUGCGAAAAACGUUGCAAGAACAGAGACAGAAGAGGAUAACAUGGUGAGAUUUUAAGCCACAGAGGAUAAUGGUCUUUACUGAUUAGUUCAAGAGAGGAGCUUCUACAUCUUACAAUAGUUUAGGAGAGGCUGAGAGGUGCAGUUGGAGAGAAACUGGUAAUGAUUAGGUGGAUGAAAGCCUUUUCUGAGGGUAGGAAAGCUACAUAGGAAAAUGGAAAUUAUGAAGGGAGGGAAGGAGAGAAAUAUGAAAUUGUGACAAAUGUUGCAUGUGAGAAUUAAAGCCAGAAAUCGAAAAUAUUUGUAUGGACAAAAAUAUAAAAUAUUCUGCAGUGGGAAACUUGGGGGGAAGCUACAGUUUUGUAUGGUCUUGCCAAGUCCUUUAAGUGACUAAGGAACUUGUUGAAGAGCUAAGCAUUUUAAUUGUUGCUAAAACUGAAUAUGGCCCUGUUAUUGGAGGCUGCAAUCUGGUACCAACUUACCUGGGAGGAAGUUACACCAAACUUAAUGGGGCUUACAUCUGAGGACUUAGGACUGCAGCAAUAGUUUUGCCAUCUUCCUCCUUCACUUUUAAAAUGGUUGCCUCUCAUAAAGUUUGGCAAAGUUCUGUUUCAUUGUGUAUGGCUGACUGACAACUGCAGUGAACCUGCCUGGAUGCUUAAAUGAGAUAUCAAAGUACUUUCUGCAGAAUUUCAUUGAAAAAGGUGUUGUUUAUAAUUAUUAUGAAAGUAUCUUACUUAAAAAAAAAAAAGAAUAAUACAUUGUUACUGGUUUGGAAGUUCCUGUGCAGAUGGCGUAAAAAUAAACAAACAUUUUCCCACAUGUUUUCAAAUUUUCAAAUAAAACUAAAAGUCCUAGCAUUCAAUUUUAUUUUAUUUUUGGUUUUGUUUUAUCCAGGUCAGGAUGAGAUCCCGAAAUCAAGGUGGAGAAAGCUCAUCCAACGGGCAUUUCUCCAAGUCAAAGCCCAUUAUAAGCAACACAGAAAACCAAAACCUUCCGGAAGAUGCAAAGAAAAAGAACAAAUCUAACCGGAAAGAAGAUGAAGGCUCAGACUCCAGCAACGUCAAGCAGCACAGCAGACUGCCAGGUCCUAGUGAGCGGAAAAGCAAGAAAUCAAUAGAUCUUUCUAAAGAGGAUCUGAUUCGUCUCCUUAGUAUAAUGGAAGGAGAACUGCAGGUAUAUCAGAAAUUCUCUGCCCCUCUAUUUUUUUGAAAUAUUUUUUGCUUCUAUGCUAUAGAAAACAUUUGUGCCUUGACAUACAUAACACAGAGUUCGUGUGUACAUGUGCCAUAUAACCCAACCAUUUUGAAGACAUAUGUCUGGGCUCCUUUGGUAGGAAGGCCUUAUAAAAAAUUAAUAAUGAAUGAAUGAAUGAUCUUAGGGAGAACACUUGGACUCUCCUUCAAAGGCAUAAAGUCCCAGUUGACUUGGAAGAAAGGAGAAGCUGAGUCUCCUCUCUGAGGUCAAGAAAGAUUGAAGGCCAAACUACAUCCCUGUGAUCUCUGUAAAGGAAAUGAGAGCCCAGUUAGUCAGCAUCUAAGUCUGUAUGACUCCAUCUGUCUCAUAACAGCAUCCAAAAAUCACUAAUUAGGAAAGAAAGAAAAAAUCCCAUUGUACAAGACAGCAUCACACAAACAGAACAGGGAAGCCUUUUGCCAGAAAAUACACAGAAACAUAUAAUACUUCUCCGCCCAACAAAAGCAGUACUGAAACUCAGCACCUAUUAUACCAGCAUUUGUUGAUAUUCUCAGGGGGAAGGAGCUAUUGAAAUGAAUAGACUGAAUGAUCCACAGGGUGGUUGUGUGUUUGUUUUAAAGAAACUAUUGCCCCCCAAACCUCCCCCCCCCAUGAUGACUCCAUGAUGUCAAAUCAAUGGAUAGAGAGGCCCAGAUGAUAAUAAGCAAAAGGUGAAGAGUCUGGCAGGACUGCCCAGCUAUUGCAGUGACCUAAUACAGUGGUACCUCGGGUUACAAACUUAAUUCGUUCCGGAGGUCCGUUCUUAACCUGAAACCAUUCUUAACCUGAGGUACCAGUUUAGCUAAUGGGGCCUCCUGCUGCCACUGCACCACCAGCAAGCAAUUUCUGUUCUCAUCCUGAGGUAAAGUUCUUAACCGAGGUACUACUUCCAGGUUAGCGGAGUCUGUAACCCGAAGUGUUUAUAACCCGAAGCGUUUGUAACCCAAGGUACCACUGUACAUUGUAGCAUGUUAUAUAUGCUUUUCUUUUCCUUUGCUGUAUGCAGUCAACUCCUUGCUCGGUGUUUUGAAUUAUGGAGCUUUAACCAUAGUCUUUUCUCUCUGGGUCUUCCUAUACGAAGAGCCAACGGCUGACUAGCCCUGCAGCUGUUUUUAGUGUUACACUAAUGCCAGGCAUCUGCAAACGAAUCUUUAUACAUUUUGCAGUGAUGAAACAGGGAGGGACUAGCUUUGCUAUCAGAGUUUAUCCUGUUGUGGAAGAAGGCAGCUGGAUUUUUAUAACGUGGUUGGAAAAUUCACUGAAAUGUUUGACAGACUGGGUGAGGGGAGGUAGGAAGCAGGAAGAAGCACCACCUGACCAAAAUACAUAAGGAAAGGACCUUUCAAACACAUGAGGCAUGAGAUAGGAGAGGAACCUCCUGCUAACAACACAAGCGCCACCCAGAUACCUCUUCAGAUAUCAUAGGGCUCCAAUUCCCAUCAGCCCCAGCCAGCACAACCAAUAGCAGUCCAGCAGCAUCUGGUUGAACUAGCUACCUCAUUCCCCUUCCAAAAUAAACAAAACCAGGCUAAUCGACAGCAGGGAUUUUUCUUUGCUAGCAGCUACAAAUGGAAGGAUAGUUUUGCAUUAAACAGCCAUCAUGUCACAACAGAAGCACUUGCUAGGGCAAUGCACACGAUGUGACUGAUUUAGUCAUAAGCAGGGGUGCCUGGUAAGGGGGGUAGGGGACAGCCCCCCAAAUAUUUUAAAUGAAGUGGCCAGGCCUCUUCAAAGUUCUGUGGUGGUUUCUCGCAGCCCUACCUGGUAAUGCCAGCGAUUUAACGCUAUUCCAUUGGCCUAUGGCCCUUUCCUACGGUAUAAUUGCUAUGCCAUAGUGGAGCACCUCUGCUUCCUUUGCUGUGUGAGGGAACGCGUGUCUGUGUGUGUGCUCAGAAUAAAGGAAAUCUGACACAAUAAUGCCAUUCAUCACAUACCUCUGUGUUCUUGCAUUGCCUAUCAAUAGAUAUCAAUAGAUGAUCAAUAGGCUGGGAUCUCUUGGUCUUCUUUUCAGGUGCAGGCCACACGGCUUUCGCAAAAUAUAUGCCUUCUUAAUGAGAACAAAUGCAAAACAGCCAACUUCAAAAGGAUUUGCCUUUCUAGUUUUGUGUGUAUCUGGUUUAAAGGCUCCACCUGUUGGCCAGCUCAAAUGGAACAAGCGCUGUACAUCAAAGUACUGCUGUUCCUGUCUUUUGCUCAGUAGGCAUUUAACUUGAUUUUCUUUUUUAAAAAAUAACAAUUGACAUCUUUAAAAAUGCCAUUAGAUUCUUGCCAAACAAGUGUGUUGUUGGGCAUAUUCCCAUCAGAUAUCAACACUUUGCAAAGAACUUUGCAAAUUAAAUAUGUGGCAAUAAAAAAUGAGGGACAAUUUGCAUUCUUAGUUAUGAUACUGCCACCAAAAUUAUGUGGGAACUAAAUUAAGUCCAAAACCCAUUUUACUGACGCAUCUGUUUACCACAAAAUAGAUACUUGUGCUGCUCUUCUUAAGUGAUCAGUCAGGGCUUUACAAUAGCUCAGGCAUAGGAAACCUGUAAGCCUCUGGAUGUUCUUGAACUCCCAAUUCCUGUCAGCCCCAACUAGCAUGGGCAAUAAUCCGGAAUAAUGGGACCUGUAAAUUAACAACAUCUGGAGGACCACAAUUUGCCAUUCCUGCUGUAGAUGAAACUAGGCCUGGAUGGUGUGGAGGGGAGAGAUUUUACAAAGGGGAAGGCUCCCGCACUGAGAAGGCUCUCUCACAUGACACCACAAUGCGAGCAGCAAGCCUCAGCCAGAGGUUGUAGAGCCAAGAAAGCACAGCCAGUUUUAUGGGGAGCUAGGCCUUGAAGUGGGCUUCACUACGCUAUGACUUGUGAACGUUCCUUGCACAUAUAAACAGUGGAAUAACUCAGUUGGUAGAGCAUGAGACUCUUAAUAUCAGGGUCAUGGGUUUGAGCCCCACGUUGGGCAAAAGAGUUCUGUGUUGCAGGGGGUCGGGCUAGAUGACCCUCGUGGUCUCUUCCAACUCUACAAUUCUAUGUUUCAAAAUACAACAGGCCCAAUCCUUUCGUGGUUACUACUUUUUUGCAACUCAGUAUGACCUCUUGGUACUUGUACACUAUUUGUGUCUUCUACUCUGGUAUCUGUAUCCAAGCAAGACAUGGACCACCCAAAGCUUGCCUUUUUUCCUGUCUCCUGUGUGUGUUUAUUCAGUGAUUCAUUUAGGUAACACUGGCUUGGAUCCAAGGAAGCAUUUGAGAGAGUGGAUGGCGCUUUCACUUGCACAAAGGGGUGGUGGUCUUGGAUUUCUGCCGUUUCCUCCACACAGCUGCAGCCCCCAGGCCACAUCAAAUGCUAUUCUGGAGUAUGCCCCUGACUCUCAAGAGAAGCUUCUUUUUCGGGUGGCGGGGAGGGGAUGAGGCUGCAGGAAAGCCUCUUUCCAUGAGCAGAGCAGAACUCACAGUUCCCAGGCUCUACACCUCUCUGUGAGAAAUUUGAUUCUUAAUCUAAGGGGAAAGCUAGACCUGACUAUGCUAGAUGUGAUCAGUUUGACAAGGCACGUCUGUGAUUUUUGGUUAGCAAAAAUGUAAGCAGGGAUGGUGAAUCUGUCAAUAUCAGUUUCUCUCAGUUUCUCAGUCUGAAGUUCCGUUAUCCACCUCUUUUUAUUUUAAUGUCUUUGUGAAAAUUCACCAGCAUUUUAGCACAAAUUUCUCCUUAUAAACACAUUUGCAUUCAGUUUCCCCAAUACACAUUUUUUUGCAAUGCAUUUUUGUAUCUUAUUUUCAGUAAUAUGUGAUUUUUUAAAAAUGCAUACUUUACCCCCAGUACAUGCUUUUUUGAGCAUGCCUUGGCUGCAGAAAUGUAUUGCAAAAUUCAGAGAUGUGCAAAUUUUGAAAGGAGGGUUGCAUUAUGGUUCCCAUGUGGUUUUGGGAAGUAUGAGUUAGGUAGAUUCACCUUUCAGUGAGAGAUGAAUCGAUUUUUUCCACCAUCCCAACACAAGGGGCCCUGAGGUGAAAUGCGACCAGAGUGUGGAGGAGGGGGGGAGGUUAUCCCUUUGCCCCUGCUGCAGUCCUGGUUGGAAUCAACACACACACUUGCAGGUCACAAAGGGAGGAAAGCUUCUGGUGCCAAUGGGAGCUUUUCUCCCAUUGCAAAUUUAUUUUGUUUAAAGCAUUUCCAAACCACUUAAUAUUUCAAAAUUUCUAAAUAGUAAGUUCUAUGUACAAUAUAAAAAUGAUGCCUUUUAAAACUAAAGUACAGCUUAACACCAAGGAAACAGUGUAACAGCAUAUAACAGCAACUAAAACAGAAAUUCAGGGGAUUCAUACAUGUAAAUCAGUUGCUCAGAAGGGAAGGUGGCCCUCAAGCUGCGUAAUCUUCCCCAUCCUUGCUCUAUCCACACCUCCUGAACUUCACAGCUGCAGUAGUUGUUUCCCCACCCAGUUUUCCAUGUUCACCGUUGGAAUUGUGUCCUCCCCCCAACCCAAUGGGAUGGCAAAGAAGCUGCACUGCUGCAGGACACUGGAUCAUCUGAAGGGCAAAACAGGCAAUAUAUUAAGCUUUCAAUGUGUAGUGUUUUUCUUCUUUUAACAAUGCCAGUUCCCUGGGAUUGGAAACUGACGAUUAUAGGAUUGCCCCAGAGCCUUGUUCUUCUUCUUUCUUUGGUCUUGGUCAAAUGGCUGCAGGCUUUACUCAGCAUCAUAACACAGUUACUCGACUUGAGCACAACCAACAGAUGCCCAUGGGCGUCCUUUCGUUUUCCUGAGAGCCUCCAGCAAUCGCUGGAGAAGAGAAUAACACUGCUCUGGUUCCCCUCAGCAACUCCAGCCACUGAUAAACCUGAUGGACACAAUAUCUGCAGAUGGCUAAAUUUGGCCAUGAGAGCAUUUAUAAUAACCGGCGAGGGCAAACCGCGAGUCAGCUGGUUUGUCCAUUGUGAUGCCUUAAUUCCUGAAGCAUGUAAGACAUAUCGCAACACACUUUGAUCUGUGUACAUAAUCUACAUUGACCUUUUGAUUUUGCUUCUUGUAAUGCCAAGGAUCACGGAACCGUAGGCUUGCGACUAACCUUCCCCUUUGGUGUGAUAAUAGAGAACAAGGCUCCUUUUCAGUGUCAACAAAACAAGAAAUGAUAUCUUUCAGCCCUUAAAAAGUCUGACAACAUCAAGCAGUGUAUAUAGUUAAUUCCUGGUCAUGGGAAUUUGCUGUCCCCAGGCCAGACUACAGAUAAUGAAUUAUGUCAGUGAAAAGGCUCUGGUGGCCGGUUCUUUUCACAGAAAAAGUGACAUCAUCUGUGCAGCUCUCUGGCAAUAAAGCCGAACCAAAAGCUAUAUGGCAGGAAAUAACAGACAGAUGUCUUCCAGGGUGCAUUUGAUCUGUUUCAAAGCCUGAUGUAAGAAGUAACAAAGUGGGGCUCUGCUGCAGCGCCGCAGUUCUCGCCUCCUCAUUUUGUCUUCUGAACAUUUGGAGGCAAAGCCCCCAGCCCCAUUGGAAGUGCAGUUUAUAUAUAUAGUUGCAUGCACAUGCACACACACACACACACACACAGAGAGAGAGAGAGAGAGAGAGAGAGAAUAAUAUAAUAGGCUCACUGGUUUAGAUCAGAGGUCUGUCUGGCCCAAUAUCCUGCCUUUGACAUCAGACUUUACUAGUUGCUUGAGGGUGUGUGCAAGCCAGCACAGCAUUAUUAUGUAACAGAGUUAGUCCAUUCAUUGAAUUGGUAUAACUGGUACUUCACUGGGCUAUUCAUUUGUCUCUCCUGAAUAAGCAACAGGGAUGUUGUUGUGUUGCUGAUACAUGGGAAAAAGUUUUAGCUGUAUAUUUUAUCUUUUAAAAAGACAUCUAAGUAGUGGGGUGUGCCUGGUGCUGCCUGGGAAUCUGUAGAAACUAUUUUUUUAAAAUGGAUUGUGUAAUUCGUGAGUUUGGAUAUGUCACACCAAAAACCGGGCAAAGUCACAACACAGUUAGGUCCUCCAUCUUGAUUAAAAAUGGUGCCCAGCACCCAAACUUUGAUGAAGACUAUGACCCCUGCACCUCGUGAACCCUCAUGCUGAGUUUGGUGACAAUAUCUUGAGAGGCGCCCAACAAAUGGACAAAGUCACAUUUUUGUCCACUGUCUUGAUUCAAAAUGGCACCCAGAUACCAAACAGUGACAAAGCCUGCCACCCCCACCUCAGAAACCUUGAUGCCAAACUUGGCAUUGUCAUCUCGAGAGGUGGGUGGACAGACAAGCAAACCACUUUCCAAAUAUAUAGUACAGUACUUAACCCGAGGUACCACUGUAGAUGCAAGUGGAGAACCUCGAGCCUAGGGGCUGAAUGUGAGCCACGAGACCUUUUCAUCUGCCCCUUGAAACUCUCCCCGGGUCACAUCCCUCACAGGCCUUGCUCCAUACCUAGAAUUGGCUGUCCUUGAGGCCUUAUAAUGCCUCAUGACUAGAUGGAGGAUGGAAAGCGGCCUUUGUGAGUGUGUGUGGAAACUCACAUACUGUAGAAAAGGAACAUUUGCAUGUUUUUCUCUGCCUGCAUUUGCUGCUGGCAGACCCCAGAAAGUUGCUCAGAAGCAAAUACAGCCCUCAGGUUGAAAAAGGUUUCCUACCCCUGUAUUGCAUCAGGGCCGGCUCAAAAUUUGAGGGGUGCCUGGGCAAAGCAUCAUCUAGUGGGCCUUCUGUUGUGUUGAUGGGCUCCUUGGAUUUUCUUGGUGGCGGCAGCACUCCAAAGGUGGAAGCUGCCACUUAAAUUUCCCACAAAGCCCUGGGAUACCCAAUAUAUUGUCAUUUCAGUGUAUUGUGAGAAAUUAAAAUGGAGACUCAUGGUCCCAGUUUCCCAUUGUGAAGUGUCUAGGACAGGUUUUAUUGGUGGGCGACCCUGUGGGGAGUCCAGAGGCUCUAGCAGCUGCCCCAGGAUGCUGAUGCUGGGCCUGUAUUGCAUGUAGAUAUGUUGUCAACAUGGAUGAUGAACAUCUGAAAGACACAUGCCAUACUAGCCUAAAUUGCCAGAAACUGAAGAGAACUUUUCUUUUGGCUGUGAGAGAUAACGUUUGCAGCUGCCUGAGAACAGGCACCUGAAAUCCUUUAGAGGGCUACCUUGUGAGUUUUUAUUUACGUUCUUUGUCAGGCCCAGUGCACAGAGUCCUUUAAAAUUUAGAAAAUGUACCACUGGUAUGACCACAACACUGCAUUGGGGAUCCAUGACCUUAUCUUAUUUCUGAUCCUAGUACGCAGCAGCUGUUGCACUAUUAAUAAACUGAAUGAGGACUACAGAGUGCUCAUGUCCAGAGUUUGACAGUUACGGGUGUAGCAUAAUCAGAAGAAAAAGUCUGGACUUAGUAAACUUUGAUCCCCUGUUUCAUGGUGCCUGUAGUCAUGUACCCCAAGCUGUGCACCAUAAAGGCUCGAAGAGCCAUCUUGGGAAGUUAAUAAUAUCCAAUAAAUCUUGAAUGAUUUCAUGAAGAACUUUAUUUAUGAGUGGUGCUAUUUGUCUUUAGCAUUGCUAGGCUCCUUCCAUGUGCAAUGGUCAUUAUAUAAUUGAAGUAACAGAUCUCUUUUAACAGCAGAGUUCAAUUAUUAUCUUACACGGCUCAUCAGUCAGCUAGGAAACAAAGUUGUUGGUGGCUAAAAGGCAAUGAUGCUUUUAAGCAAAGAAACAGUUGGGCUUCAUGACCAUCUUAUACUGAACCUAAAAUUAACUAGCUAAUGGGCUGCUGCUUCCACCCAGGGAAUGCUCAGAUUGCUAAUGGUUAAACAAUUAUGUAUGUGUUGCAAAUCAGUACUUUUAACCCAAAUAAUUACUACAACAGCAUCCUAUGCAAAGCAGGUAUGCCAGAGCUUUGAAGACAACAUGCUAGGGACUAGGAAUGCCCCAGAAGUAUUUGCUUUCCUGGAUCAGACCAGAGACCCAUCUAAUCCAACAUUCUCUUUCUAACAACAAUCAGUAGACCUUUUCUGGAAGCCCAGCAUGCCCAGGUUCUUUCAACUAGCCUACUAUCAUGUGUUCAGUGUGGGGCUGCUCUUGAAAGCUGUUUGGAAGGCACAAUUACCGUAUUUUUCACCCUAUUGGACGCACUUUUCCCCUCCAAAAAUGAAGGGGAAAUGUGUGUGCGUCCUAUGGGGCGAAUAUAGGCUUUCGCUGAAGCCUGGAGAGUGAGAGGGGUCGGUGCGCACCGACCCCUCUCGCUCUCCAGGCUUCUGGAAGCUAUCCGCAAGCCUUGCACGCCCGGCCGGAGUUCCCGUGGGCUCACAAGCUUGCGGGCAGCAGCCUGCAGCCCGAAACCUGGGGAGCGCAGCGGAGUGCACCCCGGGGCGAUCGGGGCGAUCCGGAGGCAGUGGUAGGUGAAGUGCGGGGCUUGCGGCGCACAACUGGAGGAGGCGGCUCCCUUAUCCACUGCCACCGGGCUGAGCUCCAUGCUGGCUAGCUCUCAGGCUGGUGCUUUGCGCCCAAGCGGGAGAAGGCGCACCUCUUGAGGCUGGGAGAGUGGAGCGCGCCAAGGGAGCGCGGGCCCGGCGCGCGUUGUGGGGGGGAAAGCACGCAUUGGGUAUGGGUCUUUACGCAGAGGAAGGAGGGUAUCUUGGCGUCUGUGCCUCUGGAGAAAUGGGGGCUGGAGGGCUCAGAGCUCGGGCACAGGCAGACCUGCAGUCCCCAGGGAUCUCUCCUGCCUCGAUCGCAGCCUGGCGGAGAGAGAGAUCAGGGAGGGGAAGCCGGACGGACCCUGGAGACAACUGGACAGGCGACCAUGGGAGGCCCCGCCACUCUGAUCGUGUGCCCUUGGCGGGGAUGGGUGGACAUUGGCUGCCCCUCCGACGCCCCUCCCCUUGAUCUGGAGAUCUUUCGAGGAGGUCUUUUCCAGGAGGCAGCUCCCUUUUGUUUUCAUGUGUGUGUGUAUGUAUUGGGCUUUAGGAACGCAGGCUUUUCUCCUCGCUUGCGGGACGGGUGAAAUACAAGGGCUGGCGGCGCAUCACAGAGCAUUGACAGCCACAGAUCGCCCGCAACCAUUUCCAAGGAGGAGGGAAUGGGAGGGGCUCAUCGCCCUGGAAUUAUUCCCUCCCCUUCCACAUAUGCUGCCUCCCCCACCCCGCCAAGCCCCCGAAUAACAAGCGUGGGAUAUCCUCUGUUGUUCUUUCCCCCUCUUCUGCAUCCAAGUGGUGGAACAGGAAAGAUCUAUCUUGUUCUCUUUUUUUGCUAUCCUUGCUGGAGGCUUUCUCUCACGCGAGUACAAGAGCACACCCCGCCGGGCUCCCAAGGCUUGCGGACAGCAGCCUGCAGCUCCGCAGCGCACCCCGGGCUUCGGGCAGAUGUCCGCAAGCCUGUUCUGGGGUCGGGGGAAGCUCGGGCUCCCCCCCCAGCCCCAGCCCCGCGGCUGGGGGGGGGAAAUCAUUUUUUUCCUUUAUUUUCCCCCCAAAAAAACUAGGUGCGCCCUAUGUGCCAGUGCGCCCUAUAGGGCGAAAAAUACGGUAGUUCAGAAUUCAGCAGCUGGAUAAAUAGCUACAAGGAGUAUAUAAUUUCAGUUCUUUAUGAGCUCUACUGGUUGCUGAUCUCCCCUAGGCUUCCUCUUUCUCUGGGGCCUUCUGAGACUUAAAAGACAUCAGCCUGAGUCUGGAGGCUUGAAACAUCUUCCAAGCCCCACCCUUACUUAGCUGAAACCAAUCCUGGCUGACAGGGCUACUCAUGAGUAAGCCAUGAGUUUAACAGCUUCUUCCCCCACAGCAUGGCAAAACGAUGAUAGCCAUUCCUUGUUGCUUGUUCCCAGCUUCUGCUUUUCUGAGGUAAACUGCAUCCAAACAUGGAGGUUUCAUACAGCUAUUAUGGCAGUCAGUAGAUAUCUCCACUACAAAUAUGUUAAAUCCCGUUUUUCAAAGCCUUGAAGCUGGCAUCAGUGAUCAGCCCUUGGGUCUGCAGGCUUCUCAGAUGAGGAGCAAGAAUGGGGGGGGGGUGUCUCAUUGUAUGGGGUCUCCUGUGUAAACUGCUUAGAGACUGCUGUCAUUAAGCUUUAUACAAAUUGUUGAAAUAAAAUGAAUGAAUGAAAGGAGUGGGACCCUUCCCACACUAAUGAUCCUAUUGGAACUGGACAUCCCUGCACCUUCACUGGAGGUCCCCACAGAAGCUGCCUUGGUUCCUAGAGGGCUCUCAGAUGCCUGGCUACCACCCACAGGGCCUCAGAUGAGGAAUUCAGAACUGCCCCCAAAGUGCCCAGCUUAUGCAUGGACACCAUUGGAUACAGCCCAUAGUACGUCAGCAGUCGAAAAUGCUGCUAUUUCAUUGUUUAAGUAAUUAAAUAAUAGUAGUAGUAAUAUUAAUCAUAUUGUCAAUUUGCAGGCUCGAGAAGACGUGAUCCAUAUGCUGAAAACAGAGAAAAUAAAGCCUGAAAUUCUGGAGGCGCACUAUGGCUCUUCAGCUCCAGAGAAUGUCCUCAGGAUAUUGCACAGGGAUGCGACCCUUGCCCAUGAGAAAUCAACAGGGGAAGAUGUCUAUGAGAAGCCAAUUUCAGAGGUAAGCAAAUUACUUUAGGAACCUUCAGUCAGGGUGUCCUUUUCAUUUUGACUUGCAUUUGCGAUUUGCUUCACAAAAUACCACGACUGAAGGCAUGAGCACAUCCCCAACCUUGCAUGUCUCUGUUUUCCUCUCUUGCACAACAUGUGGCAGUGGCAACACUUGCGUACAUAGAUACCUAAUCUGAUCCUCUACAGUGAUAGUGUGUUAGCGCUCAACACAUUGCAUGUUUGCAAAGUUUCCGAGAAUUAAAAUUCUAGAAAGCAGACUUUGAGACUGUGAUUGGAGAAACACAUGCCUUUGAGUAAGGGAACACUGUGAGAAUUACCUCUGAGGAAACAUGCAUGUUCUGAAUGUGGAACCAAGGGCAACAGUAUGUUACCAUUUGCAAAUUCCACAGCAGCACAGCACACCAGUGACCAAACCACUGUGAUAUCUGUAUAUAGUCCUGUGAAGUUGACUGUGUUUGCUCUCAAACAGGGAUGGAGAACACUAAGCCCAGGAGCCAAAUGUGGCCUGUUGGCCUUGAAAGCAUAAGCCCCAGGGAUAUUGUGGGGUUUGGGGUGUGUGAAUCACCCUGUGUUCCAAAUCCCAUUUAGUUAUUCCACAGAAACUUCUAGACUUCUGAUUAACUUGCUGACUCUAUAUAAUGGAUGACUAUUAUUACAGAAUGGGUCUCUGUGCUAGGCAUAGAUGCCAAAGGAAGACUUUUUCUCCAUAUUUUUUUUUUUAAAGAGAGGGGUAACUGUUAGCUGUCAUUGAGAACAUUGCCAUAGUGAUCAUGAAGUAUAAAAGGGCAAUCACAACUAAUCUUCUUAAACUGCUCUGUACAGUUUAAUUCUGAAGAGAUUUAAGAGUGAGCCUUUAAACCUCACUGAGAAUCUUCCCUUCCUUCACACUGAAAUCUCUUUUCUCCUUCCAAUGAAAUCUGAAAUAGUGAGUCGAAUAAUCAGUCCCUUCCUUCAAUCUAAGCUCUCAUCAAAAUCAAAAUGUCAGUAGCUCAUUGCUGAAGCAGCUUGGUAUGGCUACAAUUUUAACUGUCGUCCUCUACAUUUGAUCUGUCAUGGGCAAAGCUAAUGGGUAUCAGUGGUGUUUAUUACUAGUGACUGCUUAUAGGCAAUGAAAGAGGCCAUGCCACGUUUACAGUAAUGCAACAUCCUUGUUCAGCAGAUGUACCAAUGUCAGCCAACAAUGUAUUUAACACAGUCCAUUUUAUAUUUCAACCAACCAGCUGGACAGACUGGAAGAGAAGCAGAAGGAAACAUACCGGCGCAUGCUCGAGCAGCUCCUCCUGGCAGAGAAAUGCCAUCGGCGCACAGUUUACGAGCUGGAAAAUGAGAAGCAUAAACAUACAGAUUACAUGAAUAAGAGCGAUGACUUUACCAAUCUCUUGGAGCAGGAGCGUGAAAGGUGAGCAUUAAGAGACAGCCUGUUGAAUAAACUCUGCAUUUCGGGGGUUAUUCUGAUGGGAAACAACGGGUUUUUCAAAUACAUUUUUCAGCAGAACUGCAGAAUCCCAGAUAUCAGAGAUAUUGUAGAGAGGGAAUUAACAUUUUUAAUAUACUGUUUCUCACCACUUAUUGAACUUUUUUGCCCAACCAAAACCUAUUGUCAGUUCUCUUGUACUGUUGAAUCCGUAUUACAGAUAUGGGAAUAAUUCAUUCAAGGCUGCAGAGCUAGUCUAAGACUUAAAAAAAUAAUAAUAAUUUGGGAACAAAUAUACAAUCAAUUACAGUUCCUCUCUGUUGCUGCCACACAAACCAUAUGCCCAGCUGUAUUAGUAGUAAUAAACUAUAACAUUAAUUCAACCGCUGCCCAUUUAAGAAGUGUACCAGUUUCCUGUGGGUCUGGGGUGGUCUAUAUGCAUGUUCUUUCUUUGUUUCAAAUGAAAUAAAAGUGGACCACAUAGUCCAACACUUUUUCACAUCUGAAGCAGAGUGGCAAAUGGCACCCCCUACUUCUUCAAUAGUUUCCACAGCCAGCCAAAUUAUUUUGGCACCCAAGAAAAGAAAAUCCCACAUAUGCCUCUUCCCCACCCAUCUGACAAUAAAACUACAAUAAUAAAUUAAAGAACUAACAACUUGGUGCCCUUUCAUGAUACCCAAAAUCAGAUGCCUGAAGCAGCUGCCUCACUUUGCCUAAUAUUAGGACCGGCCCUACACACAUUUUUAUAUAAUGAAUCCAAUCCUCACUGAUUCGCUCUGUGAUUUCAGUGUGAAUGUUUCAACAUGCAAAGAUACCCUUGGAGAAAUAGUUUGGAUUGGUAUGUGCUAAAUCAUGAUCUGGACAUAUGUUUAGUCAUUGAAAAAAAUUGUUCAGGAUGCACACUGGAAACAUCAAGCAAUGUCAAUUUCAAUAUAUAAAGAGCAGCAAUCUGAAUAAUCUCUAGGAUAACCAGUAAAAGAAACUGACUGGUUUAUCCUAGUUUAUCUGCUGUUUUGGUAGUGGUGAUGGUACUCCAUAGGGAAUAUAUAACCCAAUAGACUUAUAUCAGUUUUAUAGCACAGUCAGUCAUGGUUUCACCUAAAGAAUGCUGAGAAUUGUAUUGCGAUGAACUACUGAACAUUUUAUGGGGCAUCUUCAUGACAUCAUGAGAAAAACAUCCUUCUCCUAUGUUUUCCCUGUUCAGCCUCUAUUCCCCAUCCAUAGCUCAGAGGAUUUUACUUUUUUGAAGACAAUAGGACAGCUGCACACUUUCCCCAGGCAUAGAUGACCAAUCAGACAGCUGUCCACAUGUUUGGGUUGGUUGUAGCCUGUAUAAAUUGUUCUAGAGAUUCUCUCCUCUGAGAUCUGUCUCUCCUCUCUAGGAAUCAUCUCUAUUGCUUUUAUCUUUCCCAAUUCCAAAUAGCAGUGCUUUUAUAUCAGUUUCCAUUAGAGUCUCCCCUGUUGGGAGUCUACUUAGCUUGAACUACCACGGCUUUCUCUAAUUGCUUUGCAGUGGCACCAAGAUUAUGGGUCGGGGACAAAGCAAAAACAGACACAUAAUUCCAAAGUACGUGCAGAGUUCAAGUGGAACUAAGCUAGCAAGUGUUUCUCUGUGUUCACAUAUUCAACGUUUGAUUUUUUCAUAGUCUCUUACAGAGGGACUGUCCUGAUUGGUUAAAGCAAAUCACUGAAAAUAUAGGCAAUUGAUGAAAUAUAUGACAUCAAUUUUCCUGUGUAAACUACAGUUCCCAUAAUUCUUCAAGGGAAGUCAUGUGCUUUAAAUGUGCAGGGCCAGUGAGGAUGUGAUGGCUAGGGAGGAACAAAUGCACAAUGCUCACUCUCCAGCCUCGCAGUUGUGAGAGAAUGUCCCCAAAGGGCCUGAAAGUGGAAACACUGGCUUGCAGUUCUUGGAGCCGCUGUUUCGGAGGCCUUGGAAAACAAAACCAAUGGAGCAACACUCUUCCUUAUAUUUCCCUGUAUACGAACUGCUGGAGUUAUUUAGCCUAGCGUAAUCAGUUAGCUUUUACGUAAGGCUUCUUUGUAGGUUAAACCGCUGAUAGUGAUUGGAUGUUUGAAUUUUCUUAGCUCAGUAUCCUCAAAGUUCUUUUCUCCAGUUGAAACAGUAGGGCCCAGGUAUAGAGAAACGCUGAUUAAUUUAUUCCAAUACAGAGUACACACACACACACGUUAUCCUGCUUCAGUGCUAGCGUCACAAAUAUGGUCUUUGUUAAUGCUCCUGGUUCCACCCCCUCUGAAAAUGCACGGCUAUAAUUGUAGAUAUACGCAGGGGAUCCUCGGACCCCCGGAUCUUCCUCCUAUGAAAACUUUCGCUCUUCUAAUGACAUUUUCUGCUCUCCAUCCCAGCACCCCCAGCAAAGAAAGAACUGGCGAGUUUCUCAGUAGCCUGUGAUAAUACAUUCCUCUCUGCUUCAGUCAUCCUGGCACUGAGAUGCUCUUUGGCUGCUCUUCUGGUGAUGUAAUGCUGGGACCGCAUCACCUGCAAAGGAAACUGAUCUGCAUCUAAUAAAGAGUGCAGGCCUCUUGAAUCAGAAACGGGAGCACUGAUGUUAGCGGAUUUCAAACAUCUCUCUCGUACCCCCACCCCCCCUUUGUGCUUUUGUUAUUCAGGUUUCCUUCUCUUCCCUUUCCCAUGAGAAGCCAGCCCCAAGCCUUUCUUCCCAAAAUGUUUUCAUUUUGCUCCACUUUAUUUCAUAUACAUGAGAUGCAGAGCGACUGUGGAGGUCUAAAUUCAGAGAAAGGCCUUCUCCUAUGAUGGGCUUAAAAUCUGCAGACUUCUCUCUCUGGGUUUGUGUGUUAAACAGAACGGUUGCUUUAAAAAAAUUACAGCAACAGAGAAUAAAAGGGCUAUACUAGUGUCAUUUUGCUGUCGACUAGUUGAAGCUUUGUCAGAGCAUGUAGGCCGAGAUAUAAACCACUGCUUAGACUCGCGCAAGUGUGUUAACCCAGGAACAGAGACAGAUUGUGUGUUAGCCCAGAUGGAGGGGGUGCCAACUCCCAUCAGCCCCAGACAGCACGGCCAACAGUUGCUGACCCUGAUCCCUGAUCAAGCAGCUUUUGAAAGUUUGGUUCCACAUAGGCAGUGCCUAGCGGGGGGAAGGUAGCUCCUCAUACAAACAGCUCCCCACACCCCAUUGCCAGACUCAUGUUGCUUCUUGACAGAAAGCCGUUUUUCAUAGGAUUGUUUCAUACAGAUAGAGAAAUGCCGUCCUGUGUGGGCUGAAGGCUUCCUUCCAAGCCACUAGAGUUCCGCUCUCUCCUCCUUUUCUGGGGAGGGUUCUGUAGCAGUUCCUCCCUAACACUUGUCUUUGGCUCUCACCUUGUAGCCCCUUUUGGGGGGCUUCCACCUUGGCCUACACCCCCUCCUCUGUUGCAGGAACCACACACCUGGCCUGUGAGUCAAACCAACUGGAUUUACUUUAGAGAAACCUAAAGUGGGGCAAAAUUCACCUUCACAUAAUACACUUGCCCCUUUCUGUUGCUCCCUUUUUGCUAGUGCCUCCACUGCUUUUUAAAAGCAUUGCUGGGAGGCAAUAGAGGCAGAAGGGGCUGUUCUUCAAGAAAAACAAGUAUAGAGUCCCCUUGGGCCCAAGAAGCUAAUUUUAUGGUUUUUUGUAAUCUGAUCAUAAUUGGUAAUUUCUAAUAGCAAUACACCUAUAACAAUAUUUGAAGACCAAAAGCCAGAAGGUGGUUUCUUAUAUUAGGCCUACUCAGAGUAAACCCAUUGGCUUUAAUGGAUGUGACUAACUUGGGUCCAUUUAUUUCAGUGGUCUACUCUGAGUACGGGACCACUCAGCGCCUAGGACUUGCUGAUCGCAUGGUCGGCGGUUCAAAUCCCCGCGGCGGGGUGAGCUCCCGUCGUUCGGUCCCAGCUCCUGCCCACCUAGCAGUUCGAAAGCACCCUUAAGUGCAAGUAGAUAAAUAGGUACCGCUUUAUAGCGGGAAGGUAAACGGCGUUUCCAUGUGUUGCUCUGGUGCCGGUUCGCCAGAGCAGCUUCGUCACGCUGGCCACGUGACCAGGAAGUGUCUGCGGACAGCGCUGGCUCCCGGCCUCUAGAGUGAGAUGAGCGCAGAACCCUAGAGUCUGUCAAGACUGGCCCGUACGGGCAGGGGUACCUUUACCUUUACCUUACUCUGAGUACAACCUAGUAAUUUGGAUACAAUCCAGAAUUUUCAUCUCAUACAACAUGAUAGAUUAUAUGUAAACAUAAAAUCUGUCACUUUAAUUGUGCAAGGUGGUGUUUUUUUAAUGUUCAGAUACAUUUUCUGCCCGUAUCUUCUGAAGGUUUCAUACGUUCUGUUCAUUAGUUUUUCUCCCUUGAUUCUAAAGCUAUUAUCCAGAGCAGCGGUGGGGGGUGAGGGUGAGCAGGACAGCACUAUUGGGUGUUGUGGGAAUUUAUAGCAUUUCAAUUAUUACUCCUCUCACUGUACAGUGAUUAAAAUCUGCAAGAACAAAAGAGCAGGAGAAUCAGUGUAAUAUUCUGAGAGUUCUGGCAUAACAAACCCUCUUUCAUAACUGCUGCAUAUCACUGUUAUAUCUACAACACUGAUAUAUAUAUUUCUACUUUUCUCAGGGAUACCGUCGAUAUGUUGAAUUUCUUGAAUUCAAAGACAAUAAUUUCAAUGAAAGGGAUGAUCUUGGAAAAGACACCCACUAAUUUCAUUCAAAUGUUUUCUAAUUUCCAUAAUGAAUAUUUAGAAACUGGUAAAUGAAAGGAAAACAACAGCUCCUAAUCCAGUUGUUCUUACUUCCAGCUGAUCUUUAAGACAGCAGUUUAUAGAUGCUACUAAGACUGGAUGGAAACGGUUUCGAGCUUCUGUAUGGGUUGAACAGCUUUUAAGAUUAAGGAGGGAUAACUAGAUAAUUGUAGCCACAUGAUAACUAGACAGGGAGAAAGGAGGAUGUCAGGACACUGCCUCAAAAUAGUUUUGCAGGAAGGGACCACAACUCAGCAGGACAGCACAUUCUUUGCAUUAAGAAUUCCCAGUUGCCAGGUUCAAUGGCAGGCAUCUCCAGAUAAAAGGAUAAAGUGAUGGGAAAUACUCUCAUCUAAGAACUUGGAGAGCUGCUGCCAGUCAGAGAGUACAAUAUUAGUCUAGGUGGACAAAUGUCUGAUUUGGUAUAAGUCAGCUUCUUGUGUAGUGAGAAUUAUGGCCUGCCUGAUACUGUUCUCAUGCUGAAAAUAAAAUCUAUUGAGCUUCCAUUGGGUUAUAAAUUACAGCUGAUUCAUCUAAUAUUGUGAAUGUUGUGAACAUUUCUCUAGUGGAGAGUGAGUUGAUGGCUUUAACAGGAGCUGAGAGUAGCCCAAGGAUAUUGCACUACAAGUUCCAUUGACCUCAGUAUGACUUACCGGUGCUUCUGAGUAAACAUGCCCAAGAUUGCCUGGUAAGAGUGUGAUGUAUGAUUCUGCAAAAUAAGUAUAAAAAGGAAAUGGAUUUAGGCAGUUUCAGAACACCACAAUUAUUUCUCUGUGUGUUUAGCAUAAGGGUUGAUUUAGUGCCAAGUAACAUAAAAGCGCAUGCAGCGUGGCUGACAUUUGAAAAGGUAAAACAGCUUUGAUUUUAUCUGGAACCAGACAGAUCAUACAGCUUACAAAAAUAAAUAAAUACAUUGGUAGGGUUCUGUCAUAUUAUGAUUUGUAACUAACAGGGGCGGCUGUGGACAUUGCAGGAGGCUAAACUAAAUGACCCUCACUGGUGGAGGAACAGGGGUGCGGGGGGGAGUGCACCACCCCUGGCGGCACGAUCCCGGUGAGGUGCCAUCGCGGCUGCCCCCCCCGCGCGCUGGGUGCCACGCCCCUGCAGGCGGUGCACCAUGCCCUAGGAAGCGUGCCACACCCCUGCGGUGGCGCGGCGCGUCCAUGCGGGUGGCAUGCCACACACCCUGGGACACGUGCCACACACCCCGGGACGCACGUCAGCCAUGCCCCCGCCUGCUCUCUGCCCCACCCCCCACUGGAGCUUGAAGCUCCGCCACUGGACCCUCAGGGUCCCUUUCAAUUCUACAAUUCUAUGAAAUGUCUGCCAUAAGCUAUAGUUUAUGGUUUGCUCUUUUUGAAACUGAAAUUUUUGGGUGAGGCAUGUGACUGACAGUGCAGUUCUCUACACAGAAGUAAGCCCAACUGGGUUCAGUGUGAGGUAUUCUCAGGUAACUGUGUAGAGUUUGGUAUUGCAACCUAUGAUUUCAAAGAGAACGGCACUGUAUCAUUCAAUCAAAUGGAAGCCUUGCAUUGAUGGAGGAAGAGGAAUGGGACAGGAUCAACCCCCCCCCCAAGGGCUUUCCACACCACCAUCUGGUCAUAUGCUUUGAGAAAAGCCUGAAUUCUCCCCAGUCAAACAGAAAUGCUUUUAAAUAAAAAGUGUCUAAGGUCAUUAUGUUUAGUUCAUGAAUCAUACUCCAUAAAAGGCAAUAAAUGCAUAACAGGGAGAUAUAGAACAAUUCACGGCGUGAUUUAAAGAAGAAGAAAAAGCAGCGCCUCAGCCCAUCAAUUCAGAGGGAGAAAAAAGCCUCAAGAGAAUAAUAUAAUGUUUUAUAACAUCUGCCUGGAAUGACCUGUUUUAAAUAAAAGCACGGCUGGUGACUACAGCCAGUUGUUCAGCUUAAGUUUACUAAGUGAGGGGUUUUUAGGGAAUAUGAUGUAAGUAAUAUAAAAUGUAUAGCCCAGAAUCAGCACAGCUUGCAAUCCUCUUCCCUCUUCCAGCAUUCUUUUUUCAAGGAUAUGUUUUAUUUCUCUUUAUUGAAUACUUUCCCAAGAGGCACAACAUGAGUAAUGCAAUAUAUUUAUAUUAAAAACAGCCAGCUUUCCUUUUUCCCAUGAUUAAAAAAACCCACCCUUCCCUCCACCAAAUGGGUUCUAGGAACUCAUUAACAUACAUUAAGCACUGCACAGGUGGAAAUCUGCAGGUUUGCAUAGAAAUAUGAUCAUUAUCUAGAAGCCUCACCUCUGAGCAUACAGUAACCUGGAGCGUCAUUAAGAUACGGCUUCUUUAAGGAUGGUGAUUCCUUGUUUGCAGUGCACUUUUCAUGGCAGCAAGUAAACGGGAAUCCUGGGGAAUAGUUGUUUGUUCUUUUGCAACAAGCAUCUGGCUUUGUUUGUAGAGGAUUUAAGUAAUGUAGCCAAGGAAUCUAGGAGUUCUGUGGGUGUUACCUUUACUACAUUGCAUGAGUUCCAUUGCAUGAGAUAAGAAGCAUGAAAAGAGAAGCCAAAGCAGGGUUUAAUUGAUGCAAAAGCACAGUCCUGAAAUCUAUGUUUAAAAGGGGGCUGAAUCCUGGAAUAUAAGCAGCAUGGUUGCAAGAAGAAGCUACUGCUUGUAAGUAUGGAACCCAAAACUGGUGGCCGUCAUCUCCUCAUUUAAUUAAUGCAGACCAUAAGGCACAAUGCAGCAAAUGGCAUAUAUGAUAGCAAGGUAGUUUUAUGGAGAGGGUGGAUCUAAAACACCUGGCUUCAGUCAAACACAGUUGAAAAGAUCUUAUCAAGAUCACAGCCACACCAUACAUUUGAAGUACUCGGAUGCUACUUCAACAGCCAUGGUUUCCCUCAAAGAAUCAUGGGAACUGUAGUUUGUUAAGGGUGCUGAGAGUUAGCAGAACUGGGAAUUACAAAACCACUUUCUAGCACUCAGUCGGAGCAAACAGCAAUCUUCCAUACUGACAUUUGCUCUAAUUUAGCAUUGAAGAAUGGGUUUUCCCUGGGAAAGGAGUGGGUCAAGAGGAAAACUGCUUGGACUCACUCCUUCUAGUCAUGGGACAAGUGGAAGUGGGGACAAGCCCUAAGUGUUGCAGUAGUAAGUCCUUGGGUUUGGCCAACCAAGUCUGAGCUUUUGAGCAGCAUGAAAUACAGCUUAGGUGGAUAAAUAGGUGUUUGGUUGCUACUGAUCUAGUUCCUAAUUAUUUAAUUAUUGUUUAUACAGUAAUUCGUGAUUUGUUUUUACUACUGCAAUCUGCUUAGCGUUCUCACAGGAAGGUAGGGGGAAAAUAAAGAAUCAAAUCUGUCAAGAAAAAUACCUCUGGCGGAAAUUAAACAGAUGAAAACUGAUAGCUCACUCAGUAGAGCACAGGACUCUUGAUCUUGAGGUCGUGGGUUCAAGUCCCAUGUUGGGCAAAAUAUUCCUGCAUUGUAGGGAGUUGGACUAGAUGACCCUUGUGGUCCCUUCCAACUCUAUGAUUCCGUGAAGUUUUUGCUAGCAUAAAGAUGCAUUGAUGGGGGGAAGCGCUGGCCUGAUUCAUCUUCUAAAUUGCAGCUGUUAUAAAUAAGGGUGUGUGGAAAAUUUUGAUUUCAGAUGAUGCUACCAAACUUCCAGAAAGGUAGCAUACCCACCUUCAGCCUAGCUUGGGGAAAAUGCAUAUUACCAUGUCUUUCUUCACUGGUCAUGUGAAUGUACACCAAUGGCAUUUAAUUCAAUGACAGUGUAACCCGGAUUUAGCUGCUGUAGGAUGACCCCCUGGAGACUCAUAAAGUGGCUGCUUCUAUAUAAAUCAGGACUUGUUUGUAGAGUGAUGCUGUUAGUCCAACAGCAGUCUCAUACCUUGAAGCAUUAUGUCACAGCUGUCUCUUAAAUACACAACAAUUGUAGACUGGAGUUUCAGUGUUGUUUUUUAAAAUUGCAACCCAGUUUUUUUCCUGAGUUACAAGCAGACUUUGGGCAUGUAAAUUCCUAAGAUAGUUAGCCUAGUGUCUCUUUAGGAGAUGUAUAGCAACUAUAAUAAACAGUCUGUAGAAGAGAGCAUACCCUUCAUGUAAUUUUUAGGUGGAGGGAGUCAUUUCAGCUUCCAUUGUCCUUUGUGCUGCAUUUAGGAUGGGAAUCCAUAAUAGAUAAAUAAUGGUUUUACUUUACUUUCAUGCUGUGUGAUUUCAGCUCCUUAGGCUGAUUCUGAAAGGAUUGCAAUUGCAGCUUGAACACAUGUUUGAAUGGAACUGGCUGGAGUUCAAUUAGUUUGGAAGAGGGGGGGAUUUUGGGGAGGAGGAUGAGAAUACACUUCUAUUGUACCUACCUUCCCCCCUACUUCCCCCCAAGCCUUUCUCUAGCCACUGUUUUCCUUUGCUUUCUGAAGUAGUGAGGCUCCACCCCCCCUCACUGCCCAAAGUUAAAUCUGCACAAUAAUGAACCAUAUAAGGGAGGGAUGACAUCAUCAGUGAGUGGUCCCAAGCUGUUUUGCACAACAUUCACCUUUCAUUGUUCUGAUGACAUGGCUGGAAUGUGAUGGCUAAUUCCCUGUAGAGCAGGGGCUAAGCAGGGCCUGCAGACUAGCAAACUCUUGCAAAGAGAGGCAGGGAGGGGGAAUCGAAAGUGCUCCUCAUUAGGAGAAGGUAAGAAAACCACACUCUGCUGUUUUGUUUGUUUCCAAAAUGUUGCUUCUUGUGUAUGCACAUUUUUCAGUACUUGCGCUAAUGGAUUUGCUUGGCAAGAAGACUCUGCUAAGAGCCUGUUGCAUGUAACAGGGAAGUACAGACAUGUGCUUCGUUACAGCGGCAAAUUAACUGCAGCUUUUAAAACUAGAACAGCUCGGAUCUCCCUGUUGACUGACUUGGGGAGGGAAAGCUCUACCUUGCAUCAAAACACAGCCUGACUUUCAAGGUAUGGCAUGUUCUGACCUUGUAAAUAGAGAGAUGCUAUGAAACUGAAUCUUUCCUUGGAGUUACUUUGUGGUUCGGUUUUCAUUUCAUUGUGCAGAAGACAAUUCACAAGUUCUUAAGGGAAGGAUAACCUAGACCAAAUACAGCCUUGGCAGAGCUUUAAAUCUUUUGCUUCACAUUGGCAUAGAUCUUUUUUUGUUGAACUCUGUACUGAUAAUUGCUUAUUAUGUAACCAAGACAUUGAAUUGUUUGGUCCUAUAAGCAUUCUGUGUUGUGAGUACUCUUUAGGUUGUAAUCCUGUGUUUACUUACCUCGGAUUAGGGCCCACUGAGCUCAGUGGGUCUUACUUCUGAGUAGGCUUGUGCUGUUAAUGUGAUUGCUACAAAACAGUGUGUUGGGAAAGCCUUCAGGGCACUUGAAACAAGUGAGAUAUCCCACUGCUCUAAAACAGGGGGAAUUUGUCUUGCACUGUAUUCAACAAAAGCAGUUGGUGUUCAUGCUGGAUUAAUCUUUAACUACUUUGUAAAAUGAUUUUCUAGUUCCAGUGAGCAGGAAUUGUUUAUUUAUUUGGCAUAAUUUUUAAUAGGGCAAAUCCCAAGGCAUGUUCUGAAAGCACGUGGUGGCAGCCACCUUAAAAAGGUCAAUAGCCUGGAUAAGAGUCCACCUUGGAACCUCAUUAUUGCAUCUUGAGUUUAUUAAUGGAAGAAAGGUGACAUAUAAGUAAAGGUAAAGGGACCCCUGACCGUUAAGUCCAGUCGUGGCCGACUCUGGGGUUGCAGCGCUCAUCUCGCUUUACUGGCUGAGGGAGCCGGUGUACAGCUUCCAGGUCAUGUGGCCAGCAUGACUAAGCCGCUUCUGGCGAAUCAGAGCAGCGCACGGAAACGCCGUUUACCUUCCCACCAGAGUGGUACCUAUUUAUCUACUUGCACUUUGACAUGCUUUUGAACUCCUAGGUGGGCAGGAGCUGGGACCAAACAACAGCAGCUCAUCCUGUCGCGGGGAUUCAAAACGCCGACCUUCCAAUCAGCAAGCCCUAGGCUCUGUGGUUUAGACUUUAACAAACAAGGUUAUUUUCAAUGCUACCUUCUUUAUCUGACCAGUCAAAAAACCUGAGUGGUGAAUUGGGCAGAUCAUGCUUGCUUACCUAGCGCGCGCGUGUGUGUGUGUGUGUAUAUAGACACACAUGUAUGCACACACACACGUGAUAGAGGUAGCAUGUCGUACGUCACAGGAUGUCACAUAAGCCAUCUUAAUCUUUACAGCAACUACAUAAGUUAGAGCAAUACAGUUAUUUCCAUGUUAUAGAUUACUGGGGGCUCAGGUUGAGGGCUAGCCUAAAACCGCAUGCCUUAGCCUUGUUUUUGGGCUACAAGUUCCAUCAGCCCCAGCUAGAAUAGCCAAUGGCCAGAGAGGGCGGCAGCUGAAGUUCAUCAUUAUCUGGAGGGCCACAGGUUUCCCACCACUGCCAUUUCUCAUACUUAUGUGCAUUUCAUUUACUUGCUGUGCAGUCUCAAACAUGUCUCCUCAAAGGUCUCAUGCAUGUUAGAAUGUGCAUUUGUGUCUUUGUAUGUCUUUGUAUGGCUGCAGUCUAUCCACACCAGGCUGCUUUCAGCUGGAUGCGCAGCUCUGUCCACAUUAUGGUACAGAUAGUCAUGCAAACAUUAUCUUAUUUAAAGCGUGACAAUGGCUGGAUCGGAGCACCUGAAUUCCCCCCUACAUAUGGUGUCAGAAAUAAACUUGUUCACAUAGUCAUGUGUGCAGAUCAUGCAAGCCCUUGUUUUCUUGUGGAGCCCUCAUCCCAGAUUGUGGUUUUUCAGGGAAUCCACACUAUCCUUGCGUGGGGAGAAGAAAUCUACACCUUUGUAAAAACACAAUGUGGGCCUGAACCUUUUCAUAGAUUAUAAGCAUAUGAGCAAGGAUUGUGAAUUCCUAUUUACGGUCGACUGCUUAAAAGCUCUUGAAGUAACAGAUGAUGUUGAUGAUGCACAGCUACUAAAUAUGAUAGCUUUUGCACAGAAACAAGAGGCAACUAGGACACAACCAGGGUUUGUUGUGCAUUUCACAAUAAGCUGUUGAAAUAUAUUUACAUUCAGCAAGACAGCCCUUAAGAGCAAAUGCUGGAUAGCUCCCUGAGGAAGUUUACUAACUUUAAGGCUGGCUGAGUUGAGGGCCAUCAUGUUUUUCUUAAAUGGAGAACUCUUCCAUAUGGGACAAGGUGAGGGCUGCAUUAUCACUCUGAAAGUUGUUGGAGGCUGUAUUCCAGUAGUGAGCGGGCUAGAUCCACCACAACCCCUCACAACAGAUUCCCAAGAGGAAACUCUACUCAGUAUUGAGCUUUCAUUUUCUCUAUUGACUUUUUGGGAAAAGAAAAGAGAUAGAAAAGUUUUAAAAUUAAUUAAUUGAUUGAUUGAUAAGACUGCUCUUCAAUAGAACUGCUUUGUCUGGGGGGGGGGAGCCUAAAAGAACUCUGUAAUCCCAACAGAAGAAUGCAAAUAAUGCAAACCACAGCUGUAUUGCAAGCUAUGCCACAUUGCUAUUCAGUGCCUCCAUCUUCAAAAUCCAACUGCAGCCCCCAAACUUGCAGGCAUUCAGUUGCAAAAAUGCAUGGAUGGCUUUUUGCAUAUCUGCAGGAAAUCCAAUCUCUCUUUGCACAGACACUUUCCCCUCUGCUUUCAUCUCCUUGUAGCAGAUAAUUGCAGAGGAAAGAGCUGCAAUUGUACACUUUUCACAACAUCAGAGCCCUUUCUCCUCUCAGCUGUUCAUUGGGGAGCAGCUGUUGCUGAGGAGGGGACCCAGAGGGUGGGUGCUUGUGCAGCUAGGAGUUCCUUACUUCAUUGUAAGAAAAUACAUACAGUCCAGUAGAUUAUUUUGGGUUUUGCAUGCUUAGCCUCCAUGAAAGUGCUUUCCAUGUCUGAAAAUUCAUAGUAACCUUUGUGUAAUCCUUAAUAAGGGGACCGGCUGAACAGUUUCCUCAGUGAUUCUUUAGGCAAUAGUUUUAGACAUGCUUUAGAUAUGUGUCAAUUAUUAUUAUUUUUAAAUCCAUGACUGCUUGGUUUGUAGGUUGUAAAAGCAGAGUUAUAAAAACAUCUUAUUACUUUCUGGAAAUUUCUUUAAAUAUUUCUGGUAAGAGGAAACAUGAAAAUAUUAUGUGAACUUGAACUUUAAAUAGCUUUAUAGAGAAGUAUUUACUUCUACUCUAAAGAGUAGUAAAGUUGGCUGUUUAAGGAGAAAACUUCAUUGAAUCUGGAAUGUUCUAAAGCCUGCAGUGACGUACCCACUGAUGGCGGUUAAUACAAGCGGAACAGUAAUAACAGCACUGAUUCUGCUCUCUCCCUGCAAUAAUAUAGGUUUAUACUAGUGAAAAUAUUGCUCUACGUUUGGGUUCUCCUUUUCAGAACCCUUAUUCUUGACCAACUCAAAGCAUGGUAAAAGGAACUCAGAUCUCUAGAGAAAUAUCGAUCUAUAGUUCAUUUCAGAGAAGCGAUAAACUCUGGGCUAAUCUGGAAAUUUCUGAAUAUUCCAAAUUAAGUGUGAUUCUUUUGGUUUUUUAUAUUCUUCUAAUUAAAUGACAAGGUCUGGCUAGUUGAGACUUUGAGCUUGAGAUAACCUCUGAGUGUUAGAAUUCCAGAAGCAAGGAACACUUUGAUCAAGCCAGGCUUACAAAUAUUUUAGUCUGAACCAGUAGUUGCUAGUAGGGUGGUGUUUGUCACCGGCCUUCUGAACACUGAGCAUCCCUGGUGGUUCUUGAGAAAGGUUGUGUUCAGCAUGGGGCAGGUGUGAUGGCAGGAGUGCCAGAUUUGCUUCACCACUGAGUUGCACCGCACUCUCUCUGUCUCAGGAACUAGCAGUGAUGCUCAGUGUUUAGAAGGCAAGUGAGCAACGCUACACUCCCUGCCCCACUCCACUAACUGGUGCUGAUCUCAGCUUAAUACCUUCAGUGAAGGAGAGCAUUCUACCUCCCUAGACAGUCUUUGCCACUGUCACAAGGUCACAUUAUGACCAAGGCACAAAUAACUGGCCUAUAUGGAUUUGAUACACUGACUUCUACUUUAAGCUAUGCUCUCAGCCAUUGAACAGCAUUAGCAAGCCAGUGCAACAUUAUCCUGGGCCAGAGAUGCCUGAUGUGCCAAUGCUGCAUGUGAAAUUGAAGACAUCCUCCAUGAAUUUGCCUAACCCUCUUAAAACCCCAUUUAAGGUUGUUACUAAUGGCACUUAUUCUGCUUCUUCAAAAUAAUGAUGUGCUUCCUGAACCUACUGCCAAUCAACCCCAUAGCAUGUCUCUUGAGUCUCAGGUAGGAGAACAGAUUGUGACAAACUACCUCAGGGAAGAUGGGUGCAGGGCAAGGUGACAGAGUCUGUUUCUUAACCUCGGUCACUCCAUGUCUAUUAACAACUGAGAAUUCAGAAAUUCUCAAAAUGUGGCAGCAUAUAAUAUAAAUAUGCAGCAAGAACUAUCAAUAUUGGGGUUCCCGUGACAGUUUACUGGGUAUAAAUUAAAGCUGGGGCACAAUGGAAACGAAAACUAUAUUUUUAUGAACAAACACUCAAUGGAAGAUAAAGCUUGAUAGUUUCACUAUUAAACAAGAUUUUUUUAAAAUUCCCAGCAAGAGAGCUGCUUCUAUGAAAUCUUAUUUCAUCCCAGAAUGGCUAUCUGCUUUUACUCUGCCUGUAAAACACCCCUAGCCCCUUUGUAAGCCCCCCCCUUCCCCUGAGGAAAUUAAUCAGGUUUAUCCUUCCUGAUAAACCCCUUUGCACCACAAGCUGCUUCCGUUGCCAUGCCCUUUCCUGCUGGUUAAACCGUCAAAUUAUCCCUUUACCAUCCUCACUCUCUCCUGAUUGGCCAUUUCUCCUCCCUGCCAUGAUUGGCUAAGGGUCGCCAGGACGGAUAACACAAUGGUUUGUCAGCUGCACAAGCAUCUCUAAAUGUGUUCUUCCUAGUUCAAGGAUGGGGAACGUCCAUGAGAUGGCCCUUCAGAUGAUGUUGGACUCAGGCUCCCAUCAGCCCCAGCCUACAUGACCAGUAGUAGUGACAGAUAAUGGGAGUUGUAGUCCAGCAACCCCUGGGAGCCACAGGUUCCCAUUCCUGUUCUAAUCAUGCAUACUUUUAUAAAUCUCUGUGAUGUUCCCUCUUAGCACACACUCUCUGAAGCUCCAUGUUCUUGAGCCUUUCCAGGGAAACUGUUCCAAGCUUUUGACCAUUGUAGUUUCUUUUCUGUGCCUUUUCCAGCUCUACAGCAUUCUGUUUGGGUAACCAGAAUUGCACACAGUAUUCUAAAUCUGGGCACAGAUUUGUAUAAUGGGAUUAUACUUUCUCUGUUUCUUACAGCUGGGGGGCAGGGGGCAGGAUGAGCUAAGCCUCUGUCCACUGUUCCUACUAUGCUCAUCAAUGUGGAAAGAACAUUUGGGGACUGAAAUUCAUUCUGUUGUAGUGAGCAAAUAUGACUUAUAGUUAUAGAUGAAGUUUGGGCAACUGGUAUAUUAGAAUUUUUUUAUUUUAAAAAAUUAUUUAGUAAAGUAUCUUUGAAUUGAUACACUGCAAUAGUAAGAGUGAGAUAAUAAUUUGUAUUCUUUGGGUUUGAAGUUACUGAUCCACGUUAGUGUCUGAACUGGAACUAAGCCAGAGUUUUCACUUAUAUAUACACACAACUGCCUGCUAAUGAACAUGAACUCUAACCAAACCCAGUUUUUUUGUAGUUUAAGCCUUGGCUUUCAAUACAUAGAAGACCAGGCAUCAGAUGUGUAGUCAUGUAAUCAUUGGUACAAGAUGUCUCUAAAGAGGCAGAGAGGCAUAGAAAAUGUUUCAACUUUACAGUGAUGGAAAAGGGUAAAUGUAAACCUUUGGUCUGAUCCAUAAGAGAUUUUAUGUUCUAAUGUUACCCAAGCUUUGGAUAGCAUUAGAACAGAAGAGGAUCCUGGUUGGACUAGACCAAUGACUUACAUAUAGUACAGAUAGAUGCCAUCUAUAGGGAAGGUAGUACAUGUUUCAAUGACAGUAUGUACAUUGGUUGAGAAAUUUUCUGGUGAAAAAAAUCUGGUGGCUGGGGAAAGAGAGGAUCAAAAGGAGAAUUUCCUUCCUGACCUUUCUUGUUAAAAGUUGUGCAACAUUAUGCACAACAGCUCCCAAGGAAUGUACUUUUAAAAGAACCCUUAAUGUACUCACCCCUUAAAGGAAUAGCAUGCUGCACAUUUUGGCAAUUUUGGGUGUACUCAUAUGUACAAGCACCUAGAGAAGGGAUGGGGAACUUGUAGGGAUGGGGAACCUAUAGCCAUCCAAUUGUUGCUUGACUCCAACUCCCAUCAUCCCUGACCAUUGGCCAUGCUGCCUGGUGCUGAUGGGAGUUGGAAUCCAGCAAUAUCUGAAGCCCUACAUGUACCCCCCUUGCUUAGAGAUAUGCAUAGUUUAGGUAGUAGGAAUUAUUAUUGUGUUCUUUUUAAAAGAAGCUUAUAACACUGUGUGUUUUCCCCUUCCUCAGACUAAAGAAGCUUCUUGAACAGGAAAAGAUCUACCAAGCCCGAAAGGAAAAAGAGCAUGCAAAAAGGCUCAACAAGCUAAGAGAAGAAUUGGUCAAACUCAAGUCAUUUGCACUCAUGCUUGUGGAUGAAAGACAGAUGCACAUUGAACAACUGGAUCAGCAAACCCAGAAAAUACAAGAUCUAACUCAAAAACUAAGGGAAGAAGAAGAGAAACUUAAGAUUCUGGGUACCAAAGGAAAAGAGGAUGGGCAGAAGCUAAUGAAGCUAGAGGCAGAACUUGAACACAAGACAUCCUCCUUUUCCCAAGAGCACGAGGAGAUGACUGCCAAACUGGCUAGCCAAGAGUCGCACAAUAAACAGCUCAGGCUGAAACUGGCUGGUCUAACCCGGAGAAUUGAGGAGCUGGAAGAAACCAACAAAAACCUUCAGAAGACUGAAGAAGAGCUUCGGGAACUGAGAGACAAAAUAGCCAAAGGGGAAUGCGGGAACUCCAGCUUGAUGGCUGAGGUGGAAAACCUCCGCAAGCGGGUGCUUGAGAUGGAAGGCAAAGACGAGGAGAUCACAAAGACUGAAUCUCAGUGUAAGGAGCUUAAAAAGAAACUACAAGAAGAGGAGCAUCACAGCAAAGAACUGAGGCUUGAGGUGGAGAAACUGCAGAAGAGAAUGUCUGAACUGGAAAGGUUGGAGGAGGCUUUCAACAAAAGCAAAUCUGAAUGCACUCACCUGCGUUUGAACCUGGAGAAAGAAAAGAACUUAACCAAAGACUUGAUCAAUGAGUUGGAAGUGGUGAAGACGCGAGUGAAGGAUCUUGAGUCUUCAGAGAGUAAGUUGGAGAAAGCUGAAUUAAACUUGAAAGAUGACCUGACAAAGCUGAAGUCUUUUACUGUCAUGCUGGUUGAUGAGAGAAAGAACAUGGUGGAUAAGAUAAAGCAGGAAGAGAGAAAAGUUGAAAGCUUGAAUAAGAACUUCAAGGUGGAGCAAGGCAAAGUUAUGGAAGUGACAGAGAAACUAAUAGAUGAGAGCAAAAAACUGUUGAAGUUGAAAUCUGAAAUGGAGGAGAAAGUGUCCAGCUUGACAAAGGAAAGGGAUGAGUUAAUUGGCAAGCUGAAGAGCGAGGAAGAAAAGUCCGCUGAGCUGAACUGCAAAGUGGAUCUGCUGAAGAAAAGGAUUGAUGGCAUAGAGGAGGUAGAAAGGGAAAUAGCCAGAGGCCGCGUUAAAAAAGGGACUGGGCUUUCUGGACAAGAGGACAACAAAAUUAAAGAGCUAACAGUUGAAAUUGAAAGACUGAAGAAGCGUCUCAAGCAAUUGGAAGUUGUUGAAGGAGACUUGAUGAAGACGGAGGAUGAAUAUGAUCAGCUGGAGCAAAAAUUUAGGACUGAGCAAGAUAAAGCUAACUGUCUUUCUCAGCAGCUGGAAGAAAUGAAGCUCCAGAUUGCAAAAAACAAAGCAAUAGAGAAGGGAGAGGCAGUGACUCAGGAGGCAGAGCUGAGGCAAAGGUUUCGACUGGAAGAGGCGAAAAGCAGAGACUUGAAAGCCGAAGUGCAGGCUCUCAAAGAGAAAAUUCAUGAGCUGAUGAACAAAGAAGACCAGCUUUCUCAGCUCCAAGUGGAUUACUCAGUCCUUCAGCAAAGGUUUCUGGAAGAAGAAAAUAAGAACAAAGCCAUGGGCCAGGAGGUGCUGAAUCUGACGAAAGAGCUUGAGCUGUCUAAACGCUACAGCCGUGCCCUGAGACCUAGUAUGAAUGGGAGAAGGAUGGUAGAUGUGCCUGUUACAUCCACCGGAGUACAAACUGAUGCAGUAAACAGUGAAACAGCAGAAGAGGAGACACCUGCUGUGUUCAUAAGGAAAUCCUUCCAGGAGGAGAACCAUAUUAUGAGCAAUCUUCGACAGGUUGGGCUCAAAAAGCCCAGCGAGAGGUCAUCUGUGCUUGACAGAUAUCCUCCUGCGGCAAAUGACCUUACCAUGAGAAAAUCCUGGAUCCCAUGGAUGAAAAAAAGAGAAAAUGGCUCUCAAGUGACUCCUGAAAAAGGAGCCAGAAUACAAACCAGUCCAGAGCGUCCUGGGGAGGUUGUCCUUUCUCCGAAGCAAGGGCAGCCUCUCCACAUUCGGGUAACUCCAGAUCACGAGAACAGCACAGCUACUCUGGAGAUUACUAGUCCAACAGCUGAAGAUUUCUUCUCCAGCACCACCGUUAUCCCCACCUUGGGGAAUCAGAAACCACGGAUUACCAUCAUUCCCUCUCCUAACGUCAUGUCCCCAAAAGGAAAAGGGGGUGAGAGCCCAGCGGGCCCAGAGCGAGCCAUGUCUCCAGUAACUAUAACUACUUUCUCCAGAGAGAAAUCUUCAGAGAGCCCAAAGUCUCCAUUCAUGGAAAGACCCGUAUCACCAAUUCAGAUAAUGACAGUGUCUACCUCGGCAGCACCUGCAGACAUUACCAUGUCUCCAGAAUCGCAGGACAUGACCAUGGGGAGGGCUGUGUUUAGAGUGACGCCGGAAAAACAAACUGUCCCAACUCCCGUCCGAAAGUACAAUGCCAACACGAACAUUAUAACGACCGAGGACAACAAAAUUCACAUCCACUUAGGGUCUCAGUUUAAACGCUCGCCUGGCACUUCUCAAGAAGGAGCAAGCCCUGUGAUAACGGUCAGGCCUAUGAAUGUAGCAGCAGAGAAGGAGGUGAUGACUGGGACUGUCCUCCGUUCCCCCAGGAAUAACAUAUCCUCAAGGCCUGGAGCAAGCAAAGUGACAAGUACCAUCACUAUAACUCCAGUUACUACGUCAUCCACACGAGGAACACAAUCCAUGGUAAGCAAUAGGGAAUCUUAUGGAAUAUGUUUGCAUGCAAUAUGGUAGGGGAAAAUAUGAUUUUUGAGAGUUGGGCUUGGAUCUGAGAGAUCUGGGCUCAUCCUCAACUUGGCUUAGGAAUUUGGUGGCCUGAGUCAAGAUGAAAUGGAAAACCGCUGUUGCUUUUUUUAAUGAACGGCUGCAGCAAAUCUUGACGUCACUCUCCUCCUUCACCUCUUCUUUUUCAUGCCAGAGGGAGAGAUUAGAAGUACCUUUGUUGAAUGUUUUGGGCAGGGUUGGAGAAUCUUUCUCCUCCCUAAGGGCCAAAUUCCCUUUGGGAAAAGUCAUGGGGGCACAAGCUCCCAAAGAAUGGGGUGGGGAAAGGGAUGUCUUAGGGCAGGCAUCCCCAAACUCGGCCCGCCAGCUGUUUUGGGACUACAGUUCCCAUCAUCCCUGACCACUGGUCCUGUUAGCUAGGGAUGAUGGGAGUUGUAGUCCCAAAACAGCUGAAGGGCUGAAUUUGGGGAUACCUGUCUUAGGGGAAGCACUGUGGGCUAUAUAAAAAGAACUGAUGGGCCAGAGGUUUCCUAUGCUUGCUUUUUAGGGCAUAGCACUUAGCAUAUAUCCCUUUAAAACUCUAAUCUUCACACACCCACACACCCUGUUGCCUAUUCUGAGACUCCUUGGGAAACAUCUGGGAGAGGAGGAGCCAUAGAAAGGGUGGACGGCAGGGACCUUCAGUCCUGGCAACUGCUCUGUAGGGGCAAGGGUUGCUGAGUUGUAUGCCAUUUCCUUGAAUAAAGAGUUAACACUCUGGCAACUUACUCUGCUUCUUCAUGCUGAUGUGCAUCUGACUCCAGCCCUGGCAGUGGGUGGUGAGUCCAUGUGUUUCUCCCUGUCCUUCGAGCACUGAGAUACUAGGAGGAUUAUAAAAAGACUAGGGCAAAUUUUUACUUUAUAUGAAAGAAAACUGUAAACAGUUGAAAACGCUUGUAGGUUUGAGUUGAAAUGUUUGAUAAUGGGAAAUUAAGGAGCUGAUUUACAUAUAAGAAGGUGAUUGCAAAAAGAUUGAUAUAGGGUAAAAAAGUGGAUUUAGGUAUUGGUAAUGGUGUGUGGAAGUCUGUCAGAGGGAGGAAAGGAAGUUGAUGCUUUAUUUAAGCAGUGCUUUAAUUUAUGGAUAUAAAAUUUUUUUUAGAUGUAGUGAAAUAUAGAAAACUUAAUAAAAAUUAUAUAUAUAUUUUAAAAAAGAGAUACUAGGAGGAUUACUGUUCUCUCCUUUUCCUCACAGAAGGCAUCUCAGAUGACACCCAGGGCACAAACAGGAAACUUGAUCAAAAUCUGUCUUUAUUCCACUGUUAUUUUAUUUUUUUCCUUGUCUUGCAGACGGGACAGGAUGGGUUAUCCCAGAGACCUACACCCACCCGAAUCCCUGUAUCUAAAGGUAUGAAAGCCGGGAAGCCAGUAGUGACAGCCCCAGGAUCAGGAAAUCAGACCAAAUUCGAGCCUCGAGCCGAGACUCAGUCUAUGAAAAUAGAACUGAAGAAGUCUUCAGCCAGUAGCUCUGCCUCCCUUGGUGGGGGGAAGGGCUGAGGGCAGUGGCUAAGGGGGUAUGUUCUGCAGGUUUUACUGCUACCAUGGAAAUAAGCCCCCUGUCCUGUUUAGUUGUUAGUGUUUGCACAUACUAAUUAAGUCUGCUGAAGCUGUCACUUCUACUAAUGCAUGCAUGUCUUACCUAUUGAAUGUAAUAAUCCCCUCUUCCUUUCCUCUCUGCUGAGUAAAAAAAGAAACCCCCCUUUCUUUUUUAAAAAUGGUCUAGUUCAGCAAGUUCUAAAAUGGGACUGCUGUUUAGAUUUACCUCUUUCAAGCAGCUGACCUUGUCCCCCUUAUUUUGCUGCGCAUGAUCAUUUUAGUCAGUAGUUUGCCAGUAAAGUUGAGCACUUUACUGCUGCUCCUUUUCAAAGCCACAUCUAUCUAGUUCAAACUGUUCUGAGAUAGCAACAGGCAACAUACAAGUUCCUCAUUUAAAUACAACAGGUAUCAUUCCUGCACUGCAGGAAGGGUUAGGAGUGUAUUCUAGGUGUAGAUCAUUAGGGUUUUUGAUCUUGCAGAUCUUUUUAUUCCCAAACUCAGGUUGGACCUAACUGAAGCCUCAACAAAAUCAAUUAAAUCAUUCUUGUUCAUGCCAAUGACCAAUGGUUAAAAUGUGCAACAAGUGAACAACCUUAUAUUUAUGCCUUCUACCUUUUGAUCUGGGAUGGUCCUAAUGUCAGCAUGUUGGCAGGGGCAAGAGAGAGGUCCUGCGGGCAGACUUUACUUAGAGAGAGAGAUGAUAUCUAAAACAAUGAAUAUGUUUGAGCCUCAAGAUCACACCUGUAUUUAUCUUGUCAACACCUGGACUUAGGGACAUCUGGUCAAACUGUGUGUCUUCUGCCUGCAUUGGAGUGCUUUGCUUUUUAUUCUGAAAGCAUGCUUUGAGAGUGGAAUUUCGUGUGAAUAUGACUGGCUGCCAUUAUAACUGUGUUUGUCUAUUAGAACCCCAACUGUUUAUGAGCAUUUCUGUUGAAGGAAGUAAACAGCUACAACCAAAACCUUUAACCUCUGGCAGAGGUGACGUGACAUGCAAAAUCUUCUGCCAAGCUGCACUUUCCCCUUUCUUUUCUUCCUUUUUGUUUUGUAACGAUCUAGUUGAAUGACCUGCGGAAAUUCAGCAACAAAUUCCUCAAUGGCUCCAUUCUGGAGGAAAGGGGGAAAGUAUGCACAGUACCAAAAAGGACCUCUGUGCAAUCAGUGACAAUAAAAAGGAUGAAGUGCUUAAAGCAGAGUGAAUGGAUUUGUCCAUUAGGAGACGAAACUGAACUGCAGAAAGAUUGUGUAGUUUAAAAGUAGUCUGAGUUAGAAGUCUAUAAAAGGAAGACUGCCAUCAAUGGCUGUAAGUAAAAUAUGAAUGCAGGAAUGAAUUGUAGGUCAAAUCAUGUCAUUAACUAUACCUUGGUCUGCUAAGAGCCACAAGUAUUGCACAACAACUCUAGUGCAAGGACAGUGCAAGGCUCUCCUCUCCAGAUGUUGGUGAACUCCCCACUCCCCAACCAGCAUGGGGAAUAGGCCAAGGUUAUGGCAGUUGUAGUCUGACAACAUCUGGAAGGCUACAGGUCCCUCAUCCCUAUCUAGUGGAACAUAAUUUUCUUCUUCAUUAGUGUGUUUAUGGGCUGCAGUGUUUUGCUGGCAUUUCAGAUUCCAGGUGGGUAGCUGGAUUAGUUUGUUGCAGCCCCGAGGCACCUUUAUCCAUGGUGGACGCUUUCAUGGGGCCAGGCAGACACUACUUCAUCAAAUUGUGCUCUGAUCUACAAAAAGCUUAUGCCACAAUAAAUGUUUGGGGCUUUUUUUUUUGUCUUUGAGGUGCCACAGAUCUUCGCUGACAUUUCGGUUUACUUCUCUAGCUUUUACCUACAUCAAUAGCAAAUGCCCGUUAUGAGAAGGAGUGAGGGAUGUGAGGCUUGUAUAUUACAAUGACACAACCUGUCUUAGCCAGCGCCAACCAAGUGCCAAGCUUGGAGGAGGUUUUCUCUCUCUUUUUCCUGCCUUCCCUCCUCACGGGUGCACACAAUAGCUGACUUAACAAUGCUUUCCACUUUUCCCUUCUGUGGUAAGGCUGUGGCAGAGCCAGCUGCUUUUCUGUCUUUCCAGCCAGGAGCAGAGAGAAUGCUGCUUUAUGCCAGAAUUUUCUUAAUGCAAUGAAUGGAAGGAAUGACAAAGUGUGUACAAAUGAUUAGUGCAAUCCUUCCUCCUCCUCCUCCUCCUCCUCCUCCAAAAGAAGGGGGGGGGGAAUAACUCACUUCUACCUCCAUCUUCCCCUCUCCUCCCACCUUCAUGUUUGUUUCUGGUUCAGAAAAUAAAGUGUGACAGAGUGAAAGAAUCCAGGAGCAGGCUUUUACCUACAUCAGCAGCAAAAUUCCCCUUAUUAGAAUGAGUCAGGUAUAUGUGGCUUGUAUAUUACAGUGACACAUCCUGUCCCAGGCAGUGUUAAGCUCAAGCAAAGCUUUUCUUUAUCCAUAGGAGUGAAUGGCAGCCAUUCACUUACAUGGGAAAUAGGAAAGAAGUGCAUUCAGGUGGUGACUAAACCCUGCUUCCUACACCCAGUCAUUUGAAAAGUUUCUAUCCAUGUCGCCACUCCUAGGAUCUGUUUCUGGCUUGCACGUUGACACAGUGUGGGAGCUGACUUUUCAUGAAGCAAGAGCAGAGACCUUGUGGCCCACCAGAUGAUGUUGGACUCCCCAUCAGUCCCAACUAGCAUGGCCAGCGGUCGAGGUGAUGGGAGUUAUAGUCCAAUAAUAUCUGGCAGUUGGCAGGUUCCCCAUCCCUGUUAGAGAAAGAGUGAUGCUGAUUAUAAAGGACCAGAUCGUGCCAGGCUGAGAAGCCUGAACACUAUUCUUCCAUGACUUUGCUUCUUAACCACCUAUAUUCACUGCUCCUGCACAGCCUAUGGUGGUGCUGUGCAAAUAGGAGAAAGCUAUUCUCCUGCUUUGAGGAGGGAAGAUUGCAUGAUUUCAUGUACAGAAAAGCCUGCCCGCAUAAGGAGGAGGAAACUGAGCAUGCAAUCACUAAAUAUUUCACUGGGUGCCAAAACAAUGCAUAUUAUUUCUGCUUUCAGGAUUACAUAAACUGGUACGUGUGUGCAAGAGCCAUCUGAGCAAAAUCAGACUGCUUUAAAUGGAAAUUUGGUCACCGGACACUGUCCAUUGAUACAAUUAAACUUCUUGCUGCUGCUGCAGUAGCAUAGAUCAUUUUUGCAGCUAUUGCUGUUACUUCAGUACUCUCAGUGCCUUAUAUUAACUUGAGGCUCUCCGUGUGGGUAUUGGUGAUGGACUAAAUACAUUGCUCAUCCGCUGAGGUACUCUUUUGAGAUUAUCAGAUUUUGGGGUCAUUUUGAUUACAAUGUAAGGACAUCACACUUGCAUUGUAAACUAACACGCUCCUGUGUUUUAACUGGCUUGUAGCACAGGCUACUACAGUAAGGGUUAUUUAAAUGCUUUUUAUUGCUUAUCUGCUGCUGAUGUUCCUGGGUUUGAUUGGAGCUGUCAUUUGCUGGCAGCUGGAUCUUCUUUUCGGGCUUAUUUUCAUUGGGAAUAAUGUCCUUUCUUUCCCAGAUCAGUGUGAAUCCCUUAAUCUUGACUGAUCUUUAAGAAGAGCUUGAGCGAAUAGUUUGCACUUGUAAAAGUUGACUUCAUUUUAAAAUCAUCUUACUGUUUGAUCUAUGUUCAGUUUUGGGGCUACAUAAAAUUUCCAAAUGAGUAGUAGUCAACAAUUUACAAAGCCAAAUAGCAGUUCAUUUGGAUUUAAUUUCACCUGUUUACAGGAAGGGUGGAGGGAGAUAUGCUCUACAAAGGUUCUAGUCAGAUAAGGAUUUUAGUUAAACAAACUGAGUGGCAGCCAAAAUAUUAUGCAUUUUGUCACAGGGCCCUACAAAGAUAUCGCCUUUUGCACACAAUAGUCUCAGUUGUAAAGGGAACUAAUUUAAAAUUAUAAUUUAAUCACUAGGAUUUAAUGAUACUUAAGCCUUAUGCAAACUGUUCAGUAUGAGCCUUAUUGUGUGUGAUCUCAAGGCUAUUACUUAUUAUAAUUGGAUACUGAACAAUUGUGUGCUAUUGUAUCUGUUAUAAAAGAGCAAAUACGGGUAUACAUUGUAGGUUCCUUUUUUCAAAACACUCAGUAAUGGCAACCUGGUAAAUAACCUUCAUGAUUUUUUAUGGCUAUUUCCAGGCAUGCUAGGGACCAAUUGCUGUUUAAGUUAAAUUAGAGUAGUGCCAUCUAGUGAUAGUAUUCUAGAAUAGCUCAUUCUUUUAAAGACCAUGAUUGGUUUAUUUAUUUAUUUCUGUUGUUACUGUGAUUUAACUAAUACACGUUUUGGCUUGUGCACAAAGGUAGCUUGUUUUUAAAAAAAUAAGUAAAUAAGAAGAUUAUAUGCAAGGAUUAUAUGCAAGCCAUAAAUGCCUGCAAAUUUAUACAUUUGCAAAUCAGUUUAAUAAGUUCUCAAAAUUAAACUAGGGGAAACAAUGAACAGAAUGGGGACUAUCAAUGCAUCCCUAUAAUUUGAUUUCUUGAGUAUUUCAGGUUAUAGAGCCUUUGUUCAGUGGAAUAUUUAGCAUCAAAUGUAGCUACCUGAAAAGGAGAAAUAUUCAGAUACAUGUGUCUGGUUUUAUGAAGCUUCUUGACUUUGAUCUAAAGAACCAAAACUCUGCAUGUUUAUUCAGAUGUCUCCUCUGUUUAACGGGGCUUACUUUCCUAGUACUUAAGGAUCAGAAUCUGUCGUGCCUGUUCAAAUAUCCGUACCCUGUGGCUAUAUUUGGUACUAAAUAGUUUUUUCUGUAGAAGGCUCGUAGAACUUGAAAUUUGUUUUUGGCUUAUUCACUGUUUUGAAGCAGUCAAUUUCUAUCAUCCCUUUUAUAGUCUUCUUUGCAUCCAAUAAAAUAUCUCCCUUCUUAUGGAGAGAGACCUACACUAGAACGCACAGAUGACUUAAUAUAUUUGAAUUAGCUUUAAAAAAAGUUAUACAGAAGAAAAUAUACCAUAUAGAGAACUAAACUCCCUCCAAUCGAAACUGUAUAUAGCAUCAUGAUAAAGCUAAUUAUCUUGUAGAAAGACACAAGUUGGAAAACCUUAAAUUUGCUAUUACCAACUGCAGUUUGGAACUGCAGAAAGGACCAAACUCUCAGUCCCUGCUCAGUUUUUAAAAAGAAAACUAUAUGGGUUGGAACCUGAUGGACAAUGCAGUUUUCAUUACUCAGAAGUAAGUACCAUUGAAUUUAAGGGAGCUUACGCCCAGGUAAGUGGAUACAAGAUUGCACCCAAUAUUAGUUCUCAUUUAUUUCAAUGGGACUUCAUGUUGGUCACAGCUAAUCUUUCAUGUUAAAUAUCAGUAGGACCUAAGUGUAAUUAAAAGAAAUGUUAUGAUAUAGGGAUAGUACACUUCCAACUAAGUAAGUAGUGCUGGAAGUAUUUGAAGCAGAGGUUUGUUUGCUUUUUAAAAAGAUAAGAGAGGAGGUCUCAAAGUGGAAGCAUACUGGGAAAAGAGAAUGUGUAAGAUAAUAUUUUUUAAAUAACUACUUUUAGAUACAGGAGUGUUUCUUUUAACCAAGCUAUAGUUAGUUACUAAGGAAAAGGAAGUGUUUCCUUUUUAUGUAACUCCCACUACAAGUAAUAUUAGCCUGCUGGUGGCAAAAGAUGAUUUCUGAAGCUCAGGAGUAGAUGGCAAUUAUUGGCAUUUUUGAGCAGCACAAUUAAUAAUUUCGAAGAAAAUCGAUGUGUUAAUGGAUUGGACUCUGCUUUCAAGAUGUCCACAACAGAAAGUGUUUUCACUUUAAUGUGAGAAAGGGGCUUUAUAUCUGUGAUGUAAAUAAGAUCUGAAAUUGUAUGAAUUUCUGAAUUAAAAUUUAUUUUAAAAGCUAAAGACAUGACCCCAUCCUCUCUAGGUGUGGUGCCUAAAUAUGGAGGAUCCCAGUUAAGUCUCAGUAGAGCUGUUUCCUACUCCCAUUUCCUAUGUGGUAAAACUGGUACAAGGGAUCAUUGGAAGGAUGGGAGGUUUGUCCUUUGCCCAAUGCAAUUUGCAUGUGACCAUGAGGAACUUAUGCUGAGUAAAGGGAACAGAUGGCUGGGGAUAUGGGAACCUUCAGUUCAUAUUAAUUGGCUCCCUCACUGGUUGAGUGCACAGAUGGUGGAGAGAGGAGGGAGAGCUGUACAGUGCUCUGCAGAGAUACUCUUGAGAAUGAGUGGACUGGAUUAUGCUCCUUCCAUUUACAUAUGACAAGCAGCCGCAUACCCAGCAGUGCUCAGGAAUUCUAAGAAAUCAAUUAAAUCAGUGUGGCUUUGAAAUUAGUGGUUGAAAUCCAUGCAGUUUUGAAAGGUUCAGUCUUGAUCGUCUUGAUUCAAAAUGGCGUCCAGUUGAAUCCAAACGUAGGCAAAAACCUGUUCCUUGAUCUCAAGGAACAUUGUGCAAAAUUUGUUUGCGAUAUCUUAAGAGGCAUCCAACAGCAUGGCAAGCAAACAGCUUUCCAAAAUGUAUUGUAGAUGGGGGUAGAGUGCCCUCAGUUAUACUGCUAAUUCUAAUCUCUUCUUUGGCCAUCUUGAUAUGAGUAGUUCUGUUCUGUCUUUCUUGUUUGAAGUGGCACUUUGAAGUUUCUGUAAUGUAGCUAAGCUGUUGAUGGGAUUAAAGAUUUAACAGUGUGGGUCCUGAUAGACCUUUCAUGUAUUCUCAUGGUAACAGCCUAUGCUUUGCUAUGUUUCUUUUCCCCUUUAGAGAGCAUCAUCAUCCAUCAGUUACGCAUGAACUCAAGAUGAGAUGCCAUGCAAGCUCCAUCCUAUAUACUUGCACUUCUCCUCCACACCACUUGGUUGGAUCACUGCUGAAGCGCCACCUCAUUCCCUGUGAUCUUCCCUGCUACUGAUUGCUUGUGGAAGUAUUUUAUUCCUUCCAUCAGAAUCUGGCUUUUUGUGUGUGCAGAUCCAUUAAAAAAAGUUUGAUCUUUGGAAAUUAGUGGAAAGAGAACAUCUUCUGUGCCAAUUUUACUCUUUAAUUUUGCAAAGCCUUUGAAUCAUGUGUGCUUUUUGUUUGGUGUUUCCUACGUAAUUUAUUUUUAUAAUACAAUUUGUAAUGAAAGACAUUUUGUGGUUGUUGGGGUUUUUUUGUUUUUUUGUUUUUUUGUUUUUGUUUUUUUGCCAAAUCUGACUUUGCUGGUCUGCGGCACAUUUGGUAGUAGAAUACACUGUCAAAGAUUUCAGAGUGCCGGUUUGUAUAUUUUUUAUUGGAGUUUAUAAAGAUGUUGACUUGACCUCAAUAAUGGCACCUUUUAGAAAACUUUGCCACAUUUCCUAGCCAUAAUGUGACUGUGAGAUUAAUUGCCCUAAAGACUGCUCUGUGGGAUAGUAUUAUAGUAAUUUUUUGUUUUUGUUUUUGCACUGUGCUGUGGUUUUAAUACAAAACUGAACACCAACAAACCAAAGCCUUGAAACAGUAUUAGACUGAAGAAUUGUUUUAAAAUGUUGUACGCUGAUUUCUAUUAUGCCAUGCUCAUAUACUGUGUGUUUUUACAUAUGUCUGUACCAAAAAGGUUCGUUUUUAAUUACACUGUAACAAAUAAAUUUUCACAAGUGUGCAACAGUAAUAUGGUGUUCCAAUUCUAACCCUAGUGUUAGAAAAGGGUGCUAAUACUGAAACUUACUGAUCAUUCACAUUGGUUUUUAUGCUUGUUUCCUUGUGAACCAAACACUGAUCCGGUUAAUCCUGUGCACCCAAAGCCUUUUAAUUUCACUGCGCUCAAGCACACCUAACUCUGCAUUGUAUCAGGCUGCAGAUCAUUGACCAACUGCUUCACCAGUUGAAUCACAAGUUUGCAGCACACAAUUUGGGAGCAUAAAACCUAGCCUUAUUUGACUGUGCUCCUCUAUACCUCAAUACUAUAUUCUAGAUGGAACACAAAAUUAGUACAGUUUUUCUGAGUCAACAACACUGGUGAAACAUUGUGGGAAUUGCAUGGAGAUCCUGUGGUAUCUGCAUUUUUCUUUUUUUUAAUGAUCCAUCUUUAAACAUGCCUUUCCACCGAGAGAUAAACCCUAUAUUAUUAAACUACUUCUAAAAAUAGUUCUGGUUUCAAAUUGUUCCCAUAUUUGCAGACUUUCUAUGAUGCUGUAUAAUGAAUGUGAAAUUGUAUAUAGCUGCAAUAAGGAGUGUGUUGAUAGAAAGAGUAUUUGAACAGAUGGGUAUCAAUACUACAGGUAUUUUGCACCCGUAGUGCAGAACACAGAAGACAUGUGAUUUAGGGGCUUCUAGAAAGAACAGCUUGGGUAGUGUAAGGCACAUUGAACUGGUGCAUGUGGUACUCACAAACAGCUGGGGGGGUAUUCCUCCAUUGUGUGCUAAUCAGUGCUACUCCAGAUGUACUAGCAAGGUUAGGGCAGUUGGUAUAAUUCAUAUUUGGCAACCAUCAACCCCUCUCAUGGUACCAGCCAGCAUGGAGAGCUAGACACUGUGUUAGCAAGGGAGAGAGGGUGUAAGCAAAAGGGGAGGGAAAGGUUUUGAUAAAAGCAGUAGUGAAUGAGGGUAAAGAAAGGUUACCUGUUGACAUCAAGGGAUAGAAGCUGCGACGACAUGAGGGAAAAAAGGAAGUAGGAGGAAGUUUGUGGCGAAGAAGGACUUUUGUUCAUUUAUAAAAUGCAAGGAAAGGGAAAGGAGCUCACCACGAUGAACAAAAUUUUCCAGACAUGGAGAAAUGGUAUGAGGGCAGACACUGAGGUGUACUGUACGUUAGAUCAUACAAAGAGAUGGAAUUGAAUUGCGGUACAAGUACGUUGCCAGGAUAUUUCUGCAAAGUACCCAACAGGUAAUAUUUAAGCAGCAGGAAACCCAAGUUUGCCAGCAAGUGUACAUUUGAAAAGGAGCUGCAGCCAAUCAUGAUUGGCUGCUUGAGUGCAGCUGUGUGACAAUAUGAUUCACACUUCACAUUCUUAGGUGUACACCUAAAAUUUUUUUAGAUAUAUAAUAUGUGAAGUCAGUGGCCCUGUAGUUAACGUCUGUGAAAGUAAAUGCCAAUGAAACGAGGAAGACUUAGUUCCCCCUAAAGAAAAAGGACAAGCUAGGAGGAGGACAACAGGCAAGUUUGUUGUAGAAUUCAACUUCCUAGUGAGAUAAAUAAUCCAACCUGCCUGCCUUGAAAUUCCUACUUCAGGUUCCAGGUAGACUUCAGAAGUGUUUGGAUUUGUACAUAACGAGUUGUUUGUAAUUUUCUGUUCCUUUGAAAAUCAUAAACAUUAAAAACAAUCUCUUUGCGUGUAC